AUGAUUGAGUACAAAGUGAGUGAUGCAUCUCAAUAGACUGCAAGUUAAAAUUGUGAGGCAGUGUAAAGUGGUAGCACAAGUAUUUGGGAACAUUAUCCUACUGCUUUUUGCUACCCUUCAGAGUUUUCCCUGGAGUCAUCCAGGCCCACUUUUCCUAGCCUAAACUGGAACUAAUACAUUAUCUCUCUCCUCUCCUUGUAAAUGCUAGACUCCUUGGGCCUGUCAUUUCUUGAAGGGUUACAGAAACACCAUGCUCAAAAGAAACAACAAAACCUGAGGCAGUUGAAGCAGAAAUAAUUCUGGAGUACAGACGGGCAGGCAUUCAAGACUCAGGAUAAAAACAGGCAAGAAAGAGUCUCAAGAAAUACAAUAGCAAGGAAAGAAUAACCAGGCCGGUAAAGCCAGCAGACCACCACCAAAUGCAAGCUUGAAUAUGAAUGUCAGCUGACUUGGGGGGGAAAUGAUAUAUCUGUAUUAUUUUUUGCUUUUGUCCAGUUGCUAGAAACAGAACAAUACUGCUUACCCCCUCCCUCCCCAUUUUGUUUUUAUUUUGAAACAAGACACCUUAGUUGAUAAACCUUUGUGCUUGAUUCUCCAGCUCUAGACACACCCCAAACUGCUGCGAUCUAGACUGAAUCUACCCCUGCACUGAAAAGGACACCAACCCAAGGCCCAGGCCUCAGACAGGUACCAGUUUCCUAUAUAAACAAAAAACAAGGAGCUGACAGUGCUGCUUCUAACUACUAAAAGCAUCCUAGAUUUCCCAGGAUGUUGAAAACAACCCUGUCUCACAUACAUAGUUUUAAUCAUAUAUUCCAGGGACCAGGGCAGUCCUACCGAACAUACUACACUGGAAUAAGAGAUUUUAAAAUUGCAGUCUGCUUAGACGCAUUCAGUAAGACUGUUUGUUCAAAGGAAACAUUUUAAUAGGGCAUGGCCUAGUGAUACUGAAACACAAACAAGAGAUAAUAGGGUCAACACUAAAUAUAGUAACUGCUAUAGAAACCUAUUGCAUGUAAUAAACACAUUUUUAAAAAAGAAUAUUCCUAAUACCUGACUCAAACUGAUGAAUUUUAAGUCUAAACUGGAAAUAAAGGGGGAAAGCCAAACGUGGAAUUGGAUUUACUGUCAUGAUGCAUUAAGUUAAAUAAAGAGCAGAAGGAGCAGUAUCUUAAGUAUGUGAGUCUUACCCAUUUAAUCCCCCAUCAUUGGAUUAGAACACUCUACAAAUAAUAAUCCGAUAAAAAUAUGUCUUUAUAUGAGGGUUUUUAUGAUACCAAAGUAUUAAUAUUUUCAAAGAAGAUGAGGAGGGGGAAAGGCUAAUUGGUUUUCGCCUUUCGUGAUGUUAACCAUCUACAUCAGACUGACUUUCUUUGGCCCAAGGACCACAUUUACCCUUGGCCAACUCUCCAAUGACCACAUGGCAGUAGUCAGUGUGUCCAAAAGUGGGUAUGGACACCAUUUCUCCAUAAGCUCUUCACUGUCAAAUAUGACUUGUUGCAUGUUACCUGUCAAAUGCUCAAUACCAUUGUGUACUCUUAUUAUAUAUUAUUAUUUAUGGUGUUCAUAUCCUGCUCUUCUUCUGUAGGAGCCCAUUGUCAUAUACUGCAAAAUAUCAAAUCUUUUUCCAGGUAUAAAAUAUUGAAAACAAAUAUGAUUGAGUGUAUAACAGAGAUAUAAAAUACACUCCAUGAAAGUUUGGUUAAUAUUUAACUACACAAAGGAUAAUUUUGAGAAGAAUGUCAAGGAGCAAAUAUAUUUCAGUUCUAGUCUAUUGGAUCAAUAGAAAAGUGAAAGUGAUUCUGGGAUAUGCUAUAAAUGUUAUUUUUUAAAAAGCAGCUGAUGAAUAAGUAGAUAUGUUUUAACAGCUAUUAUAAUAUUACAUCACCAAAAGUCUUGGAUAAAUUAAAUGUUCCUCCCCAAAGAACUCCCCAGGGUGAUUUAUAUACUGUACAAGAAAUACAGUAGCCAUAUUUCACAAUGUGCUUGAUACAGGGCCAUGCAUCUGUUAAAUGAUCAUUGCUCCUUUUUAAAAGAUUAUUAGCGUGUUCUGUUCAUAUUCAAUUUAGAUUGAAUACUAUCUCAAUACUAUGUUCAAAAACAAAAUGAAAUUACAAUUUAUAAAGCCAUUCUGAUUGUCAUUAUUUUGACAGAUGCCUCUUGAAAAUUAAACUUCAUAUGUACAAGGAGUUGCUGUUCUUCAGCUUUCAGCCACGUUCCCACCAGGCAUCUAAAAACUGGACUAUGGUGACUGCAGCUCGACUAGAACACGCAUAUGUAACUACAUGUACAUCACCAUAGUUCACAGUCAUUUAAUGAUUAGGUAUAAUAACAGUGCUGGUAAACUACAUUUUUUCUAGUUAUCUUUCACCAAAAUAACACAAUCAUUACUGUUUAAUUAAAUUAAGCCAUUAAACUACAAUUCUUACGUUACACCACCUAAAUGAAAAUUAUUACAUUGCAUUCCUCAUUGAACAUAAUCCAAUUUAAAACAAAAAACUUUCCCACUGCAGUUCCCCCUGAGCAGGGCACUGCCUGCUGGAGCAGAGGUGCUACAGCAGCUGACAGAACCAGCCAGUGUAGCGACUAAAAACCCACCCUGUCAGUUUCCCCAGUGCUCCUGAUUAUGUUCAGCAGCAGAUGUCCCCACUCGGAUUCAGGUUUCAAAUCCCUAUGGAAAAGUCCAAAUUAGGGGUAAGAGGAUCAGAGACUGGGCAAUUCAUUAUUUUACACCCGGGUGGCAUUAAAAUGUGUGGGUGUAGUAUUGUUAGCAGAAGCGUUUGACAGGUGUGAGAAUUUGAUAGCUUAGCUACUGAAAACAGCACCCGAUUGCAUCUCCCAGUACGUUGCCGAGCACAAUUCAAAGUGUUGGUGCUGACCUUUAAAGCCCUAAACGGCCUUGGCCCAGUAUACCUGAAGGAGCGUCUCCACUCCCAUCAUUCAGCCCAGACACUGAGGUCCAGCUCUGAGGGCCUUCUGCCAGUAACCUCGCUGCGAGAAGUGAAGCUACAGGGAAUUAGGCAGAUCCUUCUCAGUAGUGGCACCUGCUCUGUGGAAUGCCCUCCCAUCAGAUGUCAAGGAAAUAAACAACUAUCUGACUUUUAGAAGACAUCUGAAGGCAGCCCUGUUUAGAGAAGUUUUUAAUGUUUGAUGUUUUAUCACAUUAUUAUUAUUAUUAUUAUUAUUAUUAUUAAUCUGUUGGGAACCGCCCAGAGUGGUUGGGGAAACCCAGCCAGAUGGGUGGGGUAUGAAUUAUUAUUAUUAUUAUUAUUAUUAUUAUUAUUAUUAUUAUUAUCUGGACACCCACCUGUGUCUUGAGCCAAGAGAUCUGAUGGACUUGAUUUUAAAAUGAUGAUUUAUUUUUUUAAAAGUUACCAUAAUAUUUGAAAUAGCAUGGUCAUCAGAAAAACCUAUAGGAAGGAAAAUCUGAUAAGGUAAGUUUUUAUGUGGGCUUCAUGGAGCCAGGAACCCCGAUCCAACUGACAGAAUCCAUUGUGUGUGACCUGCAGGGUCAGUAAUGGGGGUGAAACUGGAUCCACAUGCACUUCCAAGUGUGGUUGCAGUCUAUACCUCACCAUAUUGUUCCACCAUCAUUCCAGAGUGGCAUCUCCUCCCCUGCAAAAAGAAGAAAAAAAUGAUCAGAGGGUUUUGUUUAUUUAAAUUAAAAACAUAUAAACUGCACUUUCGUGGAAAAAUAAUAAGGUGGUGUACAGCAUGAGAAUAUAAUGCUACAAUUAAAAAAAUAGUACAAGCAUAGCAGAUCAGUAAAAUUAGUUGGUUAAGAAAAUGAACAUUUAUUGGAUUGAGAUGUACAGCACCCAUACUUCAAGGUGCAUUUCAAUUACACUCUUCAAAGAAGGAAUAAUACACAUGUAGAAGUCUGGUUUCUCUCACAGAUUUCCUUAGUUGAAUAACAAAAAGUUAGUUUAUGCCUCGCACUUCUCUCUGGGCAGCUCCUAGUCAGAGGGAUUUGUGGAUAGAUCCCAAAGGCAGCCCAAGAGAGUUCUAAAAGCCAGAAAGAGAGAGAGAGGAAGUAAGUAAUUAUUUUGGAGACAAGACCUAUGACAAGAGUAAUAGGAAGAAAGAGCCAAUAUCUUAAGAUCAGUGGUUGAUAAAUAAAACAUGUUGUUCUCCAACUGGAUCACUGUUGUCUCCUAUUCCAGACUGAGCUGCUGGAGUAGGCCACAAAGCUACAUAAUGCUUGUGUCUGGGAGUCUGAUCAAAACUUAGCAGGCGGUGGUUAAAAUGACUGACGAGAUCAACAACGGGUGUCUUGUAAGAAACUUCCUCACACCGAGUCAGAGCAGUGGCCCACCUAGCUCAGUAUUGACUGAACACUGUCAGCAGCUCUCCAGAGUUCCAGACAGGGAAGCUUUCCCAGCCCUAACUGCAGACACCAGGAAUUAAAACCGAGACUUUAGCUCUGCAAAGCACCAACGUUCAGUGUAAGGAAGUCGGGGAGGGAGGGGAAGAAGGAAAACAGAUUUCAUCUGCUCAUUUUUUCUCCCGCUCCAAGAUAUGUUUUCCUCCAGGAGUUUCCACAUAAGGGGGCAGAUCUACAAGUUAUAUCCAAUUCUGUGGUUAUUUAUUUAUUUAUGUGUUUAUAUUUUAAAAAACUUUUACAAAUUUUUGCAGCUGCCAGUGCUGCAAGCUGAAGGGGAAGAUUGGCAUGGGGAGGGAGGCUCCUCUUUAAAAUGGCAUAAGGGGAGAAGAUUAAGAAUUGUUUCUACUCUCCACAUCAGCCGUCUGCUUCAUACUGCAGCGUCAAAUUGAACAACACCCAUAUAUAAGUCACAGGAGUAUGAAGUUGCACUCUCAAUAUUUUAAAUCCAGAGGAACAUGUUCUAUUUAAUGCAUAAAAAAAAACCACCUUGCAAAUUAGGAGUAAAAUAUGCAAUUUUUCUUCGGCAGGACGCAAGUUCUGCAGUUACUUUUUCUAUUAAAAAUAGAGCCCAUUAGAUACAAGUCCCUGCAUUUUUAAGUAAAGCCCCUGUAUUUUAAGGAAAAUUCAGUAGCAUUUCAAACAUGUGACUAGCAGAGCAAGGGUACAGUUAGCCAAAGCAGUUGCAAUUUAAUCAGGUAUUCACGUUAUUUGCUGAAUUACUGACAAAGGCGUAGUUGACUGAACCAAGCUUAUGGCUUUGAAGAGUUCAUUCUCAUGGCACAGCCUUUGAAUUAAUUUUUUCGUCCAUGUGACCUUUUGCUUCAUCAAUAUUCAUGCAUUCACUUGUUAUCUUAGAGGAGAAAAUGUCAUUUUAGGAAAUAAAAUCCAAGAAGCACAGAGUACCAAUAGGUCAACAGCAUGCUUAUGCCCAAUGAACCGCACACAGUGCUGCAGAUGUAAAAAUUAAGAAUCUCUCACAAAUGGUUUCUAAGACAAGGUGCUGAAGCCUCAGCAGCAAUGCAAGGACUGUGUCCAGAGCCUCAGCUAUGAAUCUGGUUCAGAUCUGGACUGAGUAAGGUGGGGAUUUUUAUUUCCACCAUGGGAGCCUCCUUAACCCAAAGGCCCAUAAGCACAGCCACCUGCUACAAGGCAGGAUCCACUACCCAUUAUCCAGGAGAUCAAGCCUGACAAAGAAGAGAACAUGAGCUCUACAGAAAGGUACUGAUAGAACAAAUAGCCCCUGCUAAAUCAUCUACUUCUGCUUCAUUGACUAUGCAAAAGCCUUUGACUGUGUCGACCACAGCAAACUAUGGCAAGUUCUUAAAGAAAUGGGAGUGCCUGAUCACCUCAUCUGUCUCCUAAGAAAUCUCUAUGCUACAGUUAGAACUGGAUAUGGAACAACCGAUUGGUUCAAAAUUGGGAAAGGAGUACGGCAAGGCUGUAUAUUGUCUCCCUGCUUAUUUAACUUAUAUGCAGAAUUCAUCAUGCGAAAGGCUGGGCUGGAUGAAUCCCAAGCCGGAAUUAAGAUGGCCGGAAUAAAUAUCAACAACCUCAGAUAUGCAGAUGACACAACCUUGAUGGCAGAAAGUGAGGAGGAAUUAAAGAACCUUCUAAUGAGGGUGAAAGAGGAGAGCACAAAAUAUGGUCUGAAGCUCAACAUCAAAAAAACGAAGAUCAUGGCCACUGGGCCCAUCACCUCCUGGCAAAUAGAAGGGGAAGAAAUGGAGGCAGUGAGAGAUUUUACUUUCUUGGGCUCCAUGAUCACUGCAGAUGGUGACAGCAGUCACAAAAUUAAAAGACGCCUGCUCCUUGGGAGAAAGGCAAUGACAAACCUAGACAGCAUCCUAAAAAGCAGAGACAUCACCUUGCCAACAAAGAAUUGGAAGUGACCCUGAGGAUCAUCUAGUCCAGCAGUUCUCAACCUGUGGGCCCCCAGAUGUUGUUGAACUUCAACUCCCAUCAUCCCUGAGCUCUGGCCUUGCUAGCUAGGGGUGAUGGGAGUUGUAGUUCAACAACAUCUGGAGACCCACAGGUUGAGAAAGGCUGAUCUAGUCCAACCCCCUGCAGUGCAGGACUAUGCAGCCAUCCCAUACAAGGAUUGAACCUGCAGCUUUGGCAUUAUCAGUACCAUACUCUAACCAACUGAGCUAGACAUGGGUUAGUCCAAAGGUCCAUCCAGUAUCCUCUUCUUACAUUGGCCAACCAGCUGCAUGUGGGAAUCCAGCAAGCAUUUGUGAUUCCCAGAAACUGGUAUAUGAUUGUGAAGGUAGAACAAAACCAUUAUCGACCUCCCAUAGGCAUCGGGUUGGCCCCUGUGAAAACAGAAUGCCAGAUUAGAUGGACUUUUGGCCUGAUCCAUCAGGGUUCUUAUUAUGUGCUUAUUUUCUUAGAUAUAUGUGCCUGAAACGUGUUUGUAAAAUGUCAGUGGUUCAGAGGACAAAGUUAGUGCAUCCUGCAAUCUCUUGACUCAGUAUUAAAUAUUCCUCUAGGCAUUCAUUUUCUACUGCCCCUUCUUUAUCCAUAUAAUGUUCACAUUAAUAGACAGAUAUCAGGUAUAUGACAUACAUUUUAAGCUCGCCAGGAUUUUUUUGAAAGCCGGAGAACCCCUGAGGCUCUGAAGUCCCUUGGGAUCCAUAGUGGGAGGACGGAAGCACUCUCACUAAUUAAUUUCUUUGCCCAUUGUUACAAGCCAGAUGGAUACAGAGCCUAAUGUUUAUCUCAGAAAAUGCUGUUUGUGAGUCGCUUUGCGAUGAAAUAAGACACAUGGACACAAGUAUUUUAGGUUAAUGGGCUAAAAAAGGCCACAACUUUAUUGGUUACAGAAUGUGAGUGGUAUUGGCUUAGGCACUGGAUCCAAACAGACUGUACUUGAAUCCUGCCCACUCUGCAGGGCGUCACACAAGGGUUAACAACCUGUAGGGGAAGCUUGUUGAUGCAAAUCAACUGGAAGCUUUCCCCUAGAGUCACAGAGGGUAUCGUGCCAUGGCCCUAGCCACCACCUGGGCAGGCACCACGACCACCAGAUUCCUUUAACAGAAUACCCAUCAAGGGGAGGGGUAGGUGAUGGCCACAACCUCCCCUCCAACACGCAACACAUUUUCCAAUGCCUAACUGCCAAACCUUACAAAGUUGUGACGAUUUGCUACAAGGUAGGUGAAAAACCAACUGGCUGGUGCCAAUCUGCCAAGUGGAAAAAAUUCCUACCAGGCCCCUUGAAUAGGCAACCAACUGAGGUCCAUAGCAAGGUCAGGUACUGAAGCAAAACCUAGAGGGAGGGCAGGCGGGUGAUCCGAGGAAGCAGGAACAAAACAAGGAAAAGCUCAUGGGCCCGCGGCCGUUUAAAUGCAGCUAAACUAUGCCCCUCACCCAGCCGGAUUGGCUGGCUGGGGGACAUGACGUGGGCCCAGGACUUCAGUGACGCAGGGGGCCCGGCCACGCCGCCCCGCGAGCAUGGGAAGUGAUUCCUGCUCACAACCCCUCCCCUCGAGGAAGAGGAGAGGCUAUACUAUAAGGCUCAUAGUGGGAUCUAACUACUAUGAUUCAGUGGAUACCCCUUCCUCGCUGGUUUGUUUCCUGUUGCAUUGCAAGACCUCAUUCAACUGUGCGUCUAUCAUUUGUGAGACUGAAAGGUGGUGCUCUUGCUGAAUUCCUUAAUAUAGGAGGCCAUAGGAUGCAAUGCAUGCAUGGCAGGAGCAUGGCAUGAUAUAUAUGAGCUAGUGUGGCAUAGUGGUCAGAGUGUCGGACCAGGACCUGGGGGACCAGGGUUCAAAUCUCCACUCAACCAUGAAGCGCACUGGGGGACCUUAGACCAGUCACUGCCUCUCAGCCUAACCCACUUCACAGGGUUGUUGUGGGGAAUAAAUGAGGAGGGAGAGAACCAUGUAAGAUAUAUUGAGCUCCUUGGAGAAAAGGGGGGCUAUAAAUACAAUCCAUCAACUAACUAACUAACUAACUAAAUAUAGUGAACAGAACCAGAGGCUUUCAUUAAGAUCUGUCUCCCUAUACCCCAAUGGCUUCCUCUCCACACCGAAGUGAACCAGAAAUCUAGGAACCUCAGGGGUUUUUCUCAUAAGAAAGGCAUGCCUAGUCUAGCAUCUGGUUCUCACAGUGGCCAGCUAGAUCAUUCCUGUCUCCUGUACCAUGACAUCACUUCCCGUCUUGCCCAUUUUUUGUUAUUUUUCAAAGGAAGGAAGGAAAUUCCCCAUAGGAAUUAGUGGACUUUAUUAGCCAGGCAGGCGGUCCCUGGAGGAUAGGAGGAUGAGACAAUCCCUCCUUUACUGGAAGUAGUGAUUGGCAAUGAAAUAUUUCAUGGGGAAGAUGGAGCCUCUUGCUUCUCUGAGAGAUCAAUUAAGUACAUAUAAAUAAUGUCAUUGACUGUGUGCCCCAAUGGAGCAAUAGUUUCCUUCAAUCAGCUAGGGACCAUCCAUACAUUAUGUCAUGCAUCAAUGUUUGGAAAUGUAGGAUGCUGUCUUGCUCAGUCUGGACUAGUCUCACAACAGAAACUCUCUAGGGUUUCAAAGGAGGAGUUUUUCUGAGCCCUACCUGGCAGUGCCAGAGGCCUCUGCAUGCAAAACCUGUGUCCUCCCACUGAACUAUAGCCCCACCUGCAUUGCAAAGGCGGUAGUAAUGUUGCUGUGCCAAAAAACAAGGCUUGGAUAAUGGUUAAAACAGCAAGUCCCCACACCUACACCACGUUUGAUAUCCCCCAAAAGGAUUUCUCAAAAUGAGGAAAGGCCAACAAUGCAGUUCAACAGAAAAUAGGACAUUUUAGGACAAAACCUCUAACUUCAGAUCUACAGUACUGGAAUCUAAAUUGUCUAAGACUCUCCAGGAAAUUGAUGUUGGAAUUUAAGUGGAAAAUCAGAUGUAAACAUUGCACCAAAAGUAAAGGAAAUCCUUGUACCAUUAUACAGAUCUGUGCUUUGGUCACAUUUAUAAAGUUCUAGUUGUUGGAAAAGGUGCAGAAAAGGGCUGGUCAAGGGUAGCAGCUCUUUCCCAGUGAGGAAUAUCUAAAAUGUUUGCUAAGGGCAGAAAAAUGCAAAUAAAGGAGAGAUAUUAUAGAUAUUUAUAAAGUUAUAAAAAGUAUGGAGAGAGGGCAGCUGCGAAUACGCUCGUAUUGUUUAUUCCAUUUGUUGUACUCUGUUGCCAUCUGUUGUCAGACUCUUGAUAUAGUAUAUUUUCCUUCUGUGUGUAUAUUUCCCCCUUUACUUUUUUACCUCCACCCUGUUUCACUGGAGUGCUCGCUGCAGUUCAUAAAACUGCUUCAUCCCUGGAGAAGGGCACUAAAGUAAAUAAACUGGGCUGUUUUACUGUUCCACCAACCUCCAAGACACACUUUUAAAUAAAUGGUCCCCUCCUGCAAUAAAUUGCUAUAUAAAUGAGCACAGGAAGCUGUGUUAUACUGAGUCAGACCACUGGUCCAUCUUGUUCAAUAUUGUCUACUCCGACUGGCAGCAGAUCUCUAAGAUUUCAGGAAGGAGUGUCUCCAAACCCUGCAUGGAGAUGCCAAUGGGGAUUAAACCAGGGACUUUCUGCUUGCAAGACAGAUGAUCUACCACUGAGCUACGACCUUUCAGCUACUACCUGAAGGAGCGUCUCCACUCCCAUCGUUCAGCCCAGACACUGAGGUCCAGUACUGAGGGCCUUCUGGCAGUUCCCUCAUUGCGAGAAGUGAGGUUACAGGGAACCAGACAGAGGGCCUUCUCGGUAGUGGUGCCCGCCCUGUGGAACGUCCUCCCUUCAGAUGUGAAGGAAAUAAGCAGCUAUCUUCUUUUUAAAAGACAUCUGAAGGCAGCCCUAAUUAGGGAAGUUUUUAAUAUUUAAUGCUGUAUUGUUUUUAACACUUGAUUGGAAGCCGCCCAGAGUGGCUGGGGAAACUCAGCCAGAUGGCUGGGGUAUAAAUAAUAAAUUAUUAUUAUUAUUAUUAUUUCAGGUGAUUUUUAAAAAAACAAAAAUAACAUCUUCUGAUUCAGCACUCCCUCAUGGGACGUCUUCAAGCAAAAGUUGGAUAACCAUCAAUUAGAGAUGCUGUUUGUCUGAAUUCUUUGCACCAAACAUAGUUUGAACUAUAUGGCCUAUCCUGCAAUGCUCCCUCUUCCAUCUCAAUGAUUCUAUUAACUUUCUAUUAUUUUUAUCUAGCAUGUGCUGAAACCUUCCAAUAAUACCUUGUUAUUUUAUAAAAUACUGCUGCACAGCCCAAAGCUUCUCCUAUGACUCAUUUUUGACUGGACAUGUUAUCUAAAAUUUUAAUGGCAGUCUAAAAGAUCAAAAGCGGAAAACUUUUUAAAAUAAACUUGCAAGUUCAACUCGAAGAUCAGUGUUACAGUGUGUGUGAAUGCUAGUAUCUUGGGAAAAGCUUCAUUAGUUCUCUGCUACAUCAUAGGGGAAUACUUUGCCAGUGUCUUGAUACCGUUAUGGAAAAUGAUAAUGUUUCACUUAAGACAUCCCACAUCUCUUCAGCCCUCUCAGGGAGGGAGCAGUUCAGAGGUUAGAGGAAGCUUCAAAUCUAGUACAUUGUACAGUACUAGCAAACGUAGUACAAUUAAUCUGGCUUGCUUGCUAUGGCUACUUCCAUCUUACUGCUUGAACUACAUUUGGAAAGCCAAAAAACCUCCACAAAUUCAGUCAUAUUGCUAUUUAUGUACACUUCAUGUUAACAAAAUGGUGAAGAAAGGCAUCUGUCUAUAUCAGGAAUGGGAAAUCUGUAGUUCUCUAGAUGUUGUUGAACUCUUUAUCAUCCCCAGCCAAAAGUCAGGGACGAUGGAAGUUAUAGCCCAACAACAUCUGCAGGACCACAAGUCCCUCAACCCUUCCUUAAGUCAUCCUUUGCCUUACUAUAUUUUGUUUCAUCAUUCUGCUUCUUUAAAAUAAAUUGGUACUUUUAUUUAAUACAUCCACAUUUUAUGCCAGGCAUUGCAUCCAUUGUUAAAUGCUCUCUUGAUAUAGGCUCUCUAUUGAGGGUUGUCUAAUUCCCUGAUAUAAUUAAGUAUAACUUGAUGGCAGCAAUUAAGACAUGUUCCUUCUUAUCAAGUUAAGACAAUGUAAAGGAUACCGGUGCAAAUUCAACAGGGGGAAAGUGUGAAGCUGGUAAAGAAGAGAGUUUAAAAGACCCAUUAUAUUUGCACUUUUAUCUCAGUUUCCUUUGUGACAGAGGGAAUCUGUGUAUCCUGGACUCCUGGAUAAUGUUAGGGAUCCCAAAGAAUCAAACCAUGCCCCAAACCCAAUCUGAGAAUGAGAAAUUCUGCAGGUUACCAAGAAGAAAAAGUAAUCAACACUUGACUGUACUGUUUUCUGCCCCAAAAGACAAGUGCACUUUCUUGUAAGUAAAGAAGUGAUUAUUUAUUAUCACAGACUCAGCAUUGUGGGAAGAGAAGCAUAUAGUCCAGAUGUUUUUACAAGGACAGGGGAAGUCAUAAAAAGACCAAUUCAGAAUCAAGGUCAAGUUUCAGAUGCCCAAGUUCAGUAAACAGGUUUCAAGACUACAUGUGAGCUGUGAAGUUGCUCAAAGUUCCUCCCUGCUAAGCUUUGAAGCAGAAGUGGAGAAUGCCCAGCUACUCCUCACUGCAGGAAUUCGUGGCCUGAGGGCAGGCACUCUGCCCAGGGAGAGCCUGCCUCUCCCUGGGAGACAUUGCCAGAUCCACCUUCUCAUUCUCAUUCUCUGGCAGGGAUACAACCACCAAAUUCUCAAAUGGCCCCCUCUCAUCUGUGGGUGUUUUGUUGUUGUUGUUGUUGUUGUUGUUUCUGUCUUAUAUAACGCACUAAUGGAACCUCUGUAAUACCUGCUUAUUUAGAGACAUUGAAAGUUAUUGGGAGUCAUUCGUACACCUCUAUUUAUUUCAACUACUACAAAUCAAUGGGAUGCAGUGGUUGGUCUGGGAGCACAAAUCCUGUAAGAGUUAUGAGGUUUCUGAUGUGUGGAUGUGAUCAGUACCUGGAUGGGAAGCUGCUAGGAGCCCACAUAAACCAUUCUGGGCUUCCUAAAGGAUACACGUAAAUCAGGGAAGAGCAACUUGUCACCCUCCGGAUGUUAGACUCCAAGUCCCAUCAGCCCCACCUAGCAUAGCAACAUCUGGAGGGCCACAGGUUCCUAACCCUUGAUAUACAUCACCACCACCAUCCAUAGUACACUGACUCGUCUCCCAAGUACAACAGCUGAAGAACCAACUUUCUAUUUUGUAAAUAAUGUUAUUGAAUGAUGUGAUAGGUUGUAGCCACUAGGUAGCAGUAGAACAUCAGUGUUGAAUAUAAUGUAACUUUAAUUUACUCUGAAAUCUGGGGGAAAGUGAUGGAAAAGGGGGAAUGGGAAAUGUAUUGGAUGCAAGAAUCAAUAGAAUUAUUCAUUUCUAGAUGCCUACUCCAUGGUUACCACAGGCAUCUUUGAUCUUGUUUGGGUGUCAUUGUACUGGGCAUAUUUCUAGGUGUGGAACAAGGUAUUUUAAAAUUGAAGUUUCAUAUUCAAGGCCAGGUUGGCAAUCUAGACUUGGCAGUGAUGUGGCGAAGCCAAUAUCAGUUGUCAUAUUUUGUGCACACUCUGCCAUGGUUUCCUAUGCUUGUGCCAGGAUGUGGAAGGCUGUGGUCUUGACAAAUAGUGAAGUAUUGACAAGUUUGGCCACCAUGUCAAUCAAUCAAUCAAUCAAUCAAUCAAUAAUGGCUUAAUCAUGGACCACACCAACAUUGAAGGUAAAAGUUUAUUAUGACAUUAGUCAAGCUAUAUCUGCAGACAUCUAAUUCCCUCAGCAUUGUGGUCCUCUUUUGAAAUGAGUAUUCCCCUCCAAACAUCCCUUCUACUGAUGCUGCCAAAAUCAUUACAGUUGUGUAAUAUUUUUGUCAAAGUACAUUCUUGGUUCAACUGUGUUGCUAUUGAAUACUUCAAUCAUGCAUUGACUUAUUAACAUUUAAAAGGAAUUUGCUCGAGCCAAAUGAAACUCGCAAAUUAUGGGAAAUGAGCAUGAUUCUGUGUGCAUGCUGUAAAAAUAUCUUCGCCACAGAAAGAAUUUUUAUUCCUCUAAUAUGUGCAUAAUUACUGUCUACACUAGAUAGUAAGAAGUAAGGUUUCUGUGGUUUUCACAAGUUAUGUGUUUACCUUCUCUCAUCAUAUAUUGUACUGAUGGAUAUUUUUAUUAUUUCUAUCUAUAAUCAUGGUUUUCAGCCUUUUUGAGUCCACGGCUCUUUUGACCAAAUACAUUUUUAUGUGGCCACCCCUGUGGGGCUCAGGAGCCCAGUUAUGUCACCCCUUGCCUGUAGAGCCGGUAGCCUCUCACCCUUUUGUGAACAUGCUCCCUUGUGGAGUGUUCCCUCAGCCUCCUCUCCUCUUCUCUCUCCUUGGGAGUCAUCCAAGCAGCUGUUGCUGCCACCCGUGGUUUCUGAACUGCCCCGCCCCUGCCCCAAAGAGAGGUGCCUCCUCACACUGCCCCACAGGGACCUGGGCUGGUGGACUGGCUGGCUGGGCUCCUUCACCUGCUUGCUUGCUUACUCCAAGGCUGCCUCAGCUCCUGGCAACCAGCACCCCCUGGCCAGCCCCAGAGGCACCAUUUGCCUGGGGCGCUUGAAGCCAGGGCUCCUGCAACAAACAGCUGUGCAAGCCUUUGGAAGGCAGAGACACAAGAGGGCAUCAGAGGAGGAAGGGAAGGGAAGGGGGACAGAGGCCAGUGUUGCCCGCGGCACCCCUGACCAUCAUUCAAGGCACCCCAGGGUGCCACGGUACACUGGUUGAAAACCACUGCUGAAAACGUUGGCAGCAUUAAGGUAAAUUCAACAGUGUUUAUAAAUUUUGAUGGAUGUAAUAAUGGAAUACUGAAUGGUUUAGUUUAUGUAAAAUAUGCAGGAAUUUAUGUUAUGUAAUAUGAACCAUGGAAAGAGAAGAAGGGAAGUCAUCGAUAUUUUAAGGUUGUUUAAAUGAAUAUUCGAAAUUGUAAAACAGGGAAAAAUAUUCUCCCUCUCGGUACUAGUAGUAGGGGACAGCUAAUAAAGUGUUGGAAAUUUCAAGACAGACAAAAGAAAAUACUUCUUCACAUAGUGCAUAGUUUAAAUAUGGAAUUUGCUCCCACAAGAUGGAGUGAGGGUCACCAAUCUGGAUAGUUUUAAAAGAGGACAAGGCUAUCAAUAGCAACUAGCCACAAAGGCUAUGUUUUCCUUGCACUUUCAGAGUCCGAAUGCCAGCGGCUAGGAACUGCAGGUGGGCAGAACACGGUUCCACCCAGAUCCUGCUUGCAGGCUACCCAUGUGCAUCUGGUUGGUCACUGUGAGAACAGAAUGUUGGACUACAUGGACCUUUAGCCUGAUCCAGCAGGGCUCUUUUUAUGCUCUUACACUAUAAAAUGUUAAUAAUAAUAAUAAUAGUAAUAAUAAUAAUAAUAACAAUAAUAAUAAUAUGCAAUGAUAUUUCAUCAACUCGGGUAGGCAGAAGCAUACCCACGUAGGCCAAGGUGCUCACAACAGGUCUAUGGCAUCUGUCACACUCUAGAUGGUCAUUUAUUUGGGGUGGGGGCUGAUAUGCAGGGCUCUCAACUUUGACCCUGAAGUCCAGCCCUAGCUACACCACUGCUUCUGAAUUAAUUUCUUCUUGACUCUGUUAACCAGAAGAAAUUGGUUUUAGUAAUUACAGGUAUACCCCACUCCCUAUAGUGGCUAUGAGGUAAGGCAGUGGUGCUUACCUGACCUCUUGGCAGUGGGGUAACUGCUGUUUACUGGAUGGGAGAGUAGAAGGGCCAAAGAAAGGAAGGCUGGCACUGUGCAAAGUCUCAUCUGCUGCUGCUCAUACCUUUUUUUGCUUCAUAGAACUCCAGGUGUGCACAUAGAGUUUCCAGGUGAGUCUUCUAUCUGGGCAUUGAUCAGAUCCAAACCUUAUUAGCUGCAGCAAGGUUGCUGCCUCAUGUGCCUUCAGAUCAUGUCCUGAACAGAUUAAGUGUCUGGCUUUCAAUUGAUUUCAUCAAUUAAUUAAUCACUUACAGACACAGGUUUUUCCUCCCCCCCCCAAACCACAAUAAGAUAGUUGGAAGCAGGUUGCAAGCCACUUCUGUUAAUGAUUUUGUGACAUAGAAUGCUCUUGGCAUUAAAGUCCAGGUGGCACCUUCCAGAAGGCCACAAAUCCAAGUUUGUGGAAGAAGCUGAUUUCAAAGCAAACAAAUAAAAAUCACAUCUUGCUAUAUCUAGAAACUAAGUUGCUACCACAUACAUAUUUUGAAAAGUCAGGCUUCUGCAAUUGCUUUUCCCUGGAAACGUUAUUGAUUGUGGUCUGUAGGUGGCAGAAACUUUCUGCAAUAAAUGUGCUCCAAUUUCUUUGACAGAAAAGCACUGUUGGUUACCAUUUUGAUAACACUAGCUCUACAGAAAGGAACACUGACCCCAAGAUUUCCAUGGGAGCCAGCUGACACAAAUAUAUUCCGGGAAAUAGCAGGAGAGUACAUAACAGGAUUCUGCCUCCCCCUCCCUGACUGCCUGACAAUACAACUCCCAAAGCAUCAAGGAAUCAAAAGCGGCAAGAAAUCCAAGCCUCAGUCAGCUCAUGAUGAUUUUUGACAUCUUCACCAGAGGCUUCUUGGAGGCUAUGAAAACAAGCUGCUACUUCACCAGAUCUUAACCCUUUUGACCCUCACAUGUAAAAAUACAGAGGGUAGCAAGAAGCCAAACCCCAGGAGCUUUGCUAGUUUCUUAAAAGACAUGGUGCACAGACCUAUGGCAUAGAUUAACAUAAAAUUUGCAUGUGCUCAUUUAAAUGUAGGAAUUUAAUUUUAGGAGGCUUGUUAGGCUCCAGAUGUCCCCUACAAUAUGUAGAGAUGCAAAUUUAGAUGAAUCUCAUAGGGCAGAAAACCAAGACCGUCUGUCUGGCCUUAAUCUGAGCUAUGGGCCAUGUGCACUGCACGUGGUCUGGGCUCUCCAUUUCAUCUCACAAUCUUUUGGCAAGAACUUGUGAAUAUAUUGAAACUAAAACAAGUGCCUCUGGUCAAAUUAAGGUGGCAGCAUGUCUGCAGACUCUCACUGGCCCUGCAUUUUAUAGUGCACCUAGUCAAAGCAAAGAAUAAUUUGAAUAGUUUUAAUGAGCAAAGGAGCAGGAGAUCUUGGACUCAGCACAAGGGACCCAUGGUUUGGCAACAAACACCUUAGCCAACUUGAUAAUGGGUCCCAAGGUCCCAGUCAGGUCAUGCUGAUCCCUUGCAUCUUCAGGAAGGCCUACUGGGAGGGUAAGCAAUGGCAGACAAGUUGCUAUUUCAUCAGACCUCAGGCUUUUGAAAUAGAAUGUGUAGGUUUUAUGAGUGUGGUGUUUCAACUUCAGUUGGAUCAUUUAACCCUGAACUUGAACACCAAAAGUUUAUUCUGUUAUCUUGGUCCUCAAGAGGCAAAUGCUACACUGUGAUCCCUGUGUGCAGCAGUUAAACGGGUAAUCAAGCAUCCAGUGGAGAAUUCUGUCAUAAAUAUACAUAGCAAGCCUCACUGAGUUCUCAAAGGAAAUGUCCCUCUUUUCUUCCUGGGCUCAUAAAACAUUGGUGCAGGAGCUGGGGUUUGACCUUCAAAUGGAAAAUUUGUCAACUCAUGAGCUGGAAAUUGAAAGAGGAAGCAGCUGGACAUUUAAAAUCCAAGGCAAUGUUUUAAAAUAAAACAUAAUAACCACUCAGAAUGCCACGUGACACCCUAAAAAGCUGGCACACAGGCAGUGAAUUUGGAAGAGGUGGGGGAAGCUCACAAGAAGGCAUGAAGGGAAAGUGAAACAAAUAAGUAUUAGGGUUCAUCCACACUUUCACCUGCCCUGUAUUUUGAUCAUAUUGUGAACUGAUUAAAUCCUCCAAAUCCAAUAGCUUUUCCUUUCCAUGGCUAAGCCUUAUGAAAAUCUGACCUUUCCAACUGAAUUGAAGCUUGGUUAAGCAACAUCUGGCUUUGGAUUUUCCACACAUCUGGUAAGAUCUGAUUCAGCAGGUAAAAUGGGAUUUUUGCAAUGAGACCCUGGGGAAUUAAUCUUGGACCCAGGGGAAUUAAUUGGUACAUAUUACGGGUGGUGCUGUGGUCUAAACCACAGAGCCUAGGGCUUGCUGAUUGGAAGGUUGGCAGUUCGAAUCCCCGCGUUGGGGUGAGCGCCUGUUGUUUGGUCCCAGCUCCUGCCAACCUAGCAGUUUGAAAGCACGUCAAGUGCUUGGCAGGGGGUUGGACUCGAUGGCCCUUGUGGUCUCUUCCAACUCUAUGAUUCUAUGAUUCUAAGUAGAUAAAUAGGUACUGCUCCGGGGGGAAGGUAAAGGGUGUUUCCAUGCGCUGCUCUGGUUUGCCAGAGGCGGCUUAGUCAUGCUGGCCACAUGACCCGGAAGCUGUCUGCAGACAAACACCGGCUCCCUUGGGCUAUAGAGCGAGAUGAGCGCGCAACCCCAGAGUCAUCCAUGGCUGGACCUAACGGUCAGGGGUACCUUUACCUUUACAAUCAAAACAUGGGUCAAGUGAAAGUGUGGUUGAGUCCUGAGUAGCAAAGAGAAUGUGAUCAAGCUGAAAGACAAAGGACCCCUAGUUAGGGGGAAGUAACUAUUCUUUCACAGUCCUUUAUUCAAAGUGGCCAUACCCUUCCAACCAUGGAGCCUCUUUCCUUAAUGCUGGGACAGAACCUUAGUAGUAGUCAAAAUGCUCCUCUCUCUGGCUGGUGCCCGUUCCAGGGCUCUGUUUCUUUUUAACAAUCCAUGAUGUUCAAAUUGAACAGGUCUAGAAAAGGCAGCAGAUUUGGCUGGGGGAUAACACGGAAAGCAACGAGGUGGAGAGGUUGGGAUUGAAGAAAGCUCUUCUUGUAACAAAAUGUUGCUGCUGUUUCAAAGCCUGUACUUUAUUUUUCUAUCUUGUAAAAUCCGCGUUCUUAAGGAGAAGUGGCAGCAGGCUGGAAAAUCUCUGAUUGAAAUUGCAGAAUCAAAUAGUUUUCGCUGUUUGCAUGAGUGUGUCAGAGUGCACACACAAAGGAGGCCUCUUUAUGUUCUGAAUGGGAAUGCUAGAACAUAAUUUCACAUCAGUAUGUGCAAGCAUAGGGCUACUUCAUGUCGCUGGUAUGCACAUGGCCUGUGCGUGCAUUGUUGGUGGGACAAGACUCGCCAAUGUGACCCUGCAAUCUCGUAAUUCAUGUUUCCAAGGAAUGUGUAAAUCCUUCUAAUACCUGCUCUCUGCUAUAAAAGGGAUAGCUACAGGGUUAGUUCUAGAACUGGCAACCCCACCUGACUCCAUGCAACUAUACAUAACACAAGCCAAUCAUGUGUCAUCCAGGCCAAAUUGUUUAAUUCUAUAUGAGUUGAUUAGCCCACACAUGAAGAUUAUGUCCAAAACUCCUCAUAACAUUUUCAGGGUACUGUUAGAGUUGGUACUAACAUACCAAAUUGGAAAUUGGGGUGAGAUUGUAGGGUUUGUGAAGAACAUAAUCCUUAUGGCCACAUGUCAGGACUGAAGGAUGUAAUACCAGAAUUAAAAAAAUAAGGCUGUGCUGUUGGCAUUAUUUGCCCAUUCAGGGUCACUCUGUGGAUGUUCAAAUGCACACUGUGCUUAAGUCGAUUUUCUUUCUGAACUGUUUCCUGUCAGGUGAGAAAGGCUUUUGCUUAUGCUCAGAUGCACUCAGCCCAAAAACAAAAAUUGGUGACUCUGGAGGGCAUCUUUUAAAUCAGGUGUGGGCAAACCGAUUAGGGCCCAAGGGGCUACAUGUCAGUGGUGUGUGGAGGCAGAGCCACAUAUAAAGGUGCUUGAAAUGAACUAAUUCAGAAUAAAGACCACCCUGCUUCAAUUUCCCCCAUAGGUAUCUCAGAUUAGAGUUCUCAGCCCUGUGGAGGUUUACUCAGAAGUACCGGUAAGCCCCACUAGGAGUGUCACAUGCUAGACUGAAGAGUGAAGGCACUUGAGUGUGAUAGCACUGGGUUGAGGAACUCUGUUUCACUGAUAACCAGGCAGGUGUUUUCCACUUGAUGCUUUAUAUAUUUACAUAAUGCUUUUAUUCAGGCUUGUGUCAGCUGAAUUAUUACUAAUUUUGCCUGUAACUGACAUCGCAUAUAAUGAAGACAUUUUAGAUGCUGUUUUAAUAUUGUUUUGAUGUAUUUGUUAUGUGUUGUGUGUAUUUUACUCACUGCUUGAAUAUUCUUUAUGAACAAAACAGUUAUACAUUCCUAUAUAAAUUAGAACUAAAUAAGUAUGCAGAUGAUUGUUUUUAAGUAGAGCAGACCAAUGCAGUUACUAAACUGGAAAUCAAGCAAAAGUAAUCUCUCUCUCUCUCUCUCUCUCUUUAUACACACACAGCAGAAGCCUACCAAUUUGUUCUCAGACAGCUGGGAGGGAAACUUAUUUUCCCCAAACCACAAAACCAGAAAAAAGUUUUUAAAAAUAGCAAGCAAAAAACCAAUUUAUUUUAUCAAAUAAAAUGCUGCCCUUUCCAAUUGUUCUGACAUUACACAGAAAGUGAGGCAGAGAGGGGAACUCUUUUAAAAGCUGGGGAAAAUCAGGAGGAAAUUAAUACAAAGGAAGGAACCCUGGUGGGAUGGAAGAACAGGAGCAACUUUAGGUGACACCGGGGGCUGCAUAAAACACAUUCUAGGCCUCAUGUAGCUCUGUGGGCACUUAGCAAAUCUACUCUCCCAACUUAGUGGCCUGAAGUUUGGCAAACAUCAUCCCUAAGAUAUUAUGCCUGCAAAUUUCACCCAAUUCUACCCCCCCCCACCACACAUAGCAAUUUCUGUUUUAAAAACCCACAAACCCUCAGCCCUUAGAAGGCUCAUCUGCUCCAUUUUUGUCUCAGAUGUGGCAGUCUUCAUUGCCUCAAAAGGGGCUGCUAUCCUUGCAAAUUUCAUCCAAUUCUGCACAUACACACAGAGAAAGAUAUAGAUAUAUAGCUAUCUGUUGAGUUCUCCAAAGCAACUAUCUACUUCAGACUUGAGCCAAGCAGGAAUUGCCCAGAGUGGUCUGAAACAAAGCAACCCACAAUCUGAAGUGCCAAAUGAAAUAUUUUUAUGUACAUACAGUUAGAAGCAGUCCUCGCCUUGAUAUAUGGUGGAGCUUAUUGGACAUAAUUUUCCCACACCAGUUCAGACAAUUUGGCAUAGGCUACACAGGACAGGGCUUUAAGCGGGGUAAGAUGCAAUGGGGAUGCCAUUCCACUUCUUUUCAGGUGGACAAACCUGCAUCUGGCCUAGCCAUCCUGCUUCCUCCCCCCCCCCCCUUGGGCACUGACCUGUGGUACGCAUGGUUGCACUGAAUCAGCACACCAUACCCCGAUACAACCUUUACCAUCCCCAGCCCUGGCACUCAUGGCCUCUGAACUGAUUAAAAGCGGCAGGCCGAUUGUCUCUGGGCAAAGAGUACCAUUUCCUUUCUCCUCGCACAAAUAGGCGCUUUCACACCUCAUUGAAUUAGUGGCUGUUGUUUGAUGGCAGAGCUCCGGAGCCUGAAGAGGCCUUGAUGGAUUAGAUGCUGCCAGAGACAAUGCUGACAAUCAGGUCCCGGGCUUUGUUUUAUUCCUUAUAUUCUCUCUUCUUUAUUUUAUUCCUUACUUUUAAUGACUAAUGUGGCCCUUAACGCUUUCCAAAUUCCAGAUUGCGCAAGGUGUGUUAAACUGCCCGUGCUUCCAUUAUUGCUGUUUAUUAUUCACGGCAGAACAAGGCCCAGACAGCAAAUUGCUUUGUUGAUCCUGUGAAGAGAAUCGAUUCUCAUACUCUUAGUAUACUUGACAUAUUUAUCACUGGACUGGGGUAAUGGAGAACAUCACACUUGGACUGUUAGUAAUAUUGGUCUGUGUAGGGAACCCACUUGGGUUUAGGCUUCUGUUUUUUGGCACAGAGGCUCCCCAAAUAUAUCUUUCCAAGUUUAGAUAUAAUCAAAAGAGAGGCAAUCAUCUUGUCCAAGGAAAGAUGGAAGAACUGCAGCACAAUAAUUCUAUGUUACACGCUUUCCUGCUGGGCAUCAGUACCCAAUAAAACUUUGCUUGGUUUAACUUGCACUUGAAAAAAACCCCAGGAUACUUUUAUGAUUAUGAAUACUUGUGUGAAUUGCUAAGAGCCAACAGCUGUCUUAGGAAGGAUCGCCCAUUAGGUUAAGUUAGCAUUGGGCCACCAAGAAACAUUGUCAUGUUGUCAUGCGCCGGAGAAAGAAAGAGAGAGGUUUUUUUUAAACCUGCAUUCUUGCUACACAGAGAAGACUGUUGACACUCACAAAGCCCAGUAUGUUAACAGUGUACUGGAGAAAAAUUCAGGGCAGCUGGCAUCACCCUUUUUAUACUCAGGUGACCUAUAUUCCUGAGGAUCCUAGAGUUCAUGGUUAAGCAGACAUACUGGUGUGCACACUUUUCUUUUAAAGUUCUGGUGGCUUUUCAAUUCAGUCCCCUGUUUUGGAGCAGCGCCUUUUCAAAUGACCAAAGGCUUUGUGGCAUUUAUGGAAGAACUUCUGAACACAUGUCAGAAAGAUUGGGGGUGGGGGACAACCCCAUCAGCACACUUUAUCCCACUGUUUUCUGUGAGAGAAACUUAUGCACAUUUCUAGGUCAUCAGUGUGCUAGACAAUACACAGACCAAAAAAAGAAGUGUCUCCAUGUCCAUUCAGAAGACCUCCAGCUUAUGUUAGAUGACCAAGCAAAGUAUGUGGGUAGAGUACUGGGUUGUCAGAUAGUAAGAGAUGAUCAGACGAGUUGAAACAAGGGUGACUCAGAUCUAAAAUGGCAAUGCAUUGAUAUUCCAAAGGACCUAGGCCUUGAUAUAGUUUUACCAGUCCAUGGUCAAUUCUGAUUGACACAAGUGCUUCUAAGUUUUCACCUGGAUGCUCAAAGGUCUUGUCUUUACACCCAGCAAAAAUGUCACCAAACCCACUAGAAAAUCAGCAGCAUUCCAUGGCAACAACCCGCAGAACAGAGGCAUUCUAAAAACUGCAGCUAAGGCAAAGCUUAAUGCAUUUCAGGUUAUGAUGCAGCCCUUCCUCUGCUGACAGGUUUAAACAAAGGUCAAUAUUUUAUUAAGCAGGAAAAUAAGAGCCGUAGACACCUUCCUCUUGUUUCCCUGGUUCCUGUCACUGCUUUUGCCACUAGAGAGUUCAAAGCACCCAGCGAGCAGGAGAAAAUAAGAAGAGGAAAGAAAUGUAAAUGAAAACCAGUUUGGAAAGGAGGCGAUGCUCUGUUAAUGGAUCGGACUGUGUGCUGGCAACAUGGCCAUCCCAGCACUACAAAUCAGCCAGCGUAACCCACCCACUGGGAACUUCUGCUACAAACUCUUAAUGAAACAUUACAGAGAAUAACAGAUCAUAAAGCUGUGGUGUGCACACAGAUCAUUAAUGCAUAAGGGCAGCUGAUGCAUACACAAGGAGACAAGCAACAAACAGAGUCUGAGGAUGGACUAACUUGCUUGGGCAAGCCUCAGCUCUCUCUCCCUCCCUCCUCUCUCCUUCGUUAUUAUUAUGAGUGGAAAUAGCAGUUGCAAAACAGUAAUCAAUCAUGUAUAACUGGAAGCUAAGUGUUACUACUAAAGAAUUAAUUUACGGAGUGUGUAUUUGAGCAUCUUUUUUCAACCCUUGCAGUUGUGAAGUCAUGAGCCAUAGAUUUGCAGUUCUGGAUCCCCAGGAACAUCCGAGGCAGCAGAUUAUCUAAACCAGCACUGCAAACACUUGAUCACGUGAGUACCAGUAUUGUAAAACUGGUGCUUGUGACAACUGAAACCACAAUGCAUAGUUUGCGCUCCAGAUAGAUAGAUUCUGCUGGUCCCUGGGCAGAUUUGAUCACGCAAAGGCUGCCUUUAGUUAUUAAAUCACACACCGGUGACUGGACAACAAGCUGUUGUUUGGGUGGGUAACAGCCACAAAGAAGUGAAGAAUAACCAGGCAAGCAAUUAGCAAAUGACAAAAUAUGGAAGGCUGACAGGAAAAGCUAAUCUAGAGGCAGCUGGUAACCAUGGAAUUGAAGCAACGUGGCACAGUGUCUUAUUUAUUUAUCUGUUUAUACCUGCAUUUGCUAAGCACCAUAAAGAAAUCAAAAUAAGAUACAUGAGCCCUGCCACCAGGCAUUCGAAGGAAGGAGAGUUGAGGGCAAAGGGAGAGAAGUGAAAUGGUUUGGACAGUAGUACCAGAUUAUUAUUAUUUUUAAGGGAUUGAGUUAUUUAUAGCAUUUAUAUCUGUUUGAGGCCAGGCUGGUCUCUUGCUGGUGGUGAUCUUGUUAGGAUGGACAUAUGGAGGUGGAACAACAACCUAGGGCUCGUCCACACUUUGGCUUGUCCUGUGCAUAGAAAACAUGGGUCCAAGUGGUUUUCCGCUUCUCCUGCACUUUCUAGGCAUGGGUCUGAGCUAUUUUGCCUUUGCCCCACUGCUUUCCCCCAGAAAACCCACUCUUCAGCACUAAAGCAGAACAAAUGGCAACUCGUGGAAAACUAAUUGCCAUUUGUUCCGUCUGAUUCAGUGCUAAACUGCGGGUUUUCUUGGGGAAAAGCAGCGGGGCAAAUGGAAGUGUGUCCCUCAUGGCCCUUAGACCCUGGGCUCAUGUCAGGAGCCAGAGUGCCUUUCCCCGUCCCCCCGCAGUCAGAGGCAAACUGACAAUUAGAACACAGUCCUGGCAGAAACAGGGAAGCUCCUUGCCGCUGGCUACAUAUCAAAUUAUCCUUCAUCAUUUAUUUGGUAAAUUUAUAUUCCUCUUUUCAGUUAGGAGUCUUCAAAGCAGCUAACAAAGAUUUAUAAAAUCAAAAGGGAUACACCAAUAACCACAAGCUCACAGAACAAGCAGUCCCACAAAGGCAGCAGCCAGCUUCAGGUGUUCAUUUCCACAGGACGGAUGGUUUCAUUUGGCCAUGUGGUGAGGAGGGGACCAUCCAACUGGAGACGGCCUGAUAUUGUUGUUGUCCCCCUCCCUCAUUUUUUCAGUAUCUAAUUAUAUCUGAAUCGAUAUUGCUGCCCUAUAAGUGGUUCCCCAAAACAAAUGCAAGAUCCAGUGUGGUGUAGUAGUUAGAGUGCUGGGCUGGGACCUAAGUGACCAGGGUUUGAAUCCCCACUUGACCAUGAAGGCUCAGUGGGUGACCUUGGGCCAGUCACUGCCUUUCAGCCUAGCCUACCACACAGGGCUGUUGUGAGGAGAUGAAUGUAUGCCACCCUGAGCUCCUCAGAGAUAAGGUGGUCUAUAAAUGUAAUAAAUAAAUAAGAAAGAAAGAAAAAACUAUUUUUAAAAAACUGCAAACACAGUUAAGUCACAGAUUCAUAUACUGACAUACCAUCUGAACCUAAUCACUAACCACUUGACAACACUCCUAUCCAUACAGUCAAGACCCUGCCAUUCAUGAGCAUGGUAGAUCAGCUUAUUUGCUUUCCUGUUGAUGAUAGCAAGUUAAUUGCACACACACUGCAGAAGCUGCCGGCUCCGUUGGAUUUUCUGUGUCACUCAUUACAAGACAGUUUAAAAUAAUGUGGCUUGGUGGCUGGGUCCAGAAAAGCAUGGAAUCCAUUACAGGAGAUUUUUAUUUUAUUUUACUUUAUUUCACCCAAUACCUUGGGGGUUUAGAGCUUCAUCUGUGUGUUACUUCCUCCAAAUGGAAAAACAGAAUAAAUGCAUAUUUGAAGUAAUAAAAGCCCUUUCGUACCCCAACCGAGUACAAAUUAACAAUUACUAGUGCUGUCUAAUGCUUUUCUGCCCGAACAUUUUCAUUUAACAGCCGUUCUUUUAUCUUCAAUGCUCCAGUUAUUUUUCCCCUCCAAGAUAUUUAUUGUUAGGCUGCUGCUGUUUUGUUUUAUUUUCCUUUUUUUCCAAUUUAGCAGCAGGAGGAAAAGAUUUCAUCCUGUUUGUUGUGCAGGGAGAGAGAAAGAGAGGGAGAGAGGAGAAACCAAUUUUAUCCUCAUGUACAGGUUACAUUGCCCUGCAACUAUAAAGAGGAAUAUGCUCUGGAGCUAAGCUCCAUGAACUGUUUUGUGGCCCUUCAGAACCGGGCAAUCUCUGGCUGAAUUAGCAGUCAGGUUGCUAGCUUUUGAGUUCUACAGUUCUGGUCCCAGAAAGUGGGUAGCUAGACAGCAGUGUCCUUUAGCCUCUGGCAGCUGGGGAUGAAGAUGCUAUACAUGGAAGUAAGCAUGAGAGGAACCCCUGUUGCUCUGACUCCCCCAUUUCCAUUCUCCUCUCUAACAUGAAAGGUUGGUACAAUAGCCACAGACCAGAAAAAGAAAAGAAAUGGAGGCAUCAGAGCAACAAGGAUUGCUGUCAUGCUCACCUCCUGCUGCUUCUCUUGCUUACACAACACAUUGCCACUACACUGGAGCUGUGUUUGUGAUGGGUGUAUAAAUUGUACGCUGGAGUACUGACUCCUCCUCUAGAUGUCUACCAGAGACCUGAAUCAGCCGGAUCAUAGCUGGAAGACAGACAAGUUGGCCAUGCAUUUGCAAAACAGCAAAGAGAAAAUGCUGAGAGUCUCUGAGCCUCGGACAAUUCCCAAAUGGAUUCAGAAAGAAAGCAUGAUAGGGCUAUAAACACAACACAUUAAUGGCCCUCAGGCCGCCUCAACUUUGAGGUUGUGUUCAGCACCUCUCCCCUUUGCCACUAGGUGGUGACAUGAGGUAAGGGACAAAUCUUGAUCUUUGCAGCACAUCUGGACCAACAGUUAAUUAAUUUGGCAAAAACUGUGUUUGGCUUUUCUCUGUUUUAAAAGCUGAGAAGGAGAUACAUCUCACAAACUUGAGCAGGGAUGCACAGGAUAAUAAUAUCUAAGUCUGACAUCACAUGAUUUUUCUGGCAUCCACUUUGCUACAUGAACUUUCCUAGGGACCUGCUUACAUAUUAUGGCCACCUGGGAGCCAAAAGGAACCUACUUGACCUAACUAUCUAUUCUAGGUGCUGUUGCCACUGGGAUAUGUUCUGUUUAAAGGGCCAGGCUUUCUCAUCCUUGCUGCCUUGCAGUCCAUCACUACUCAGUUACUUCUAGCUGGGUGGAGACUGAGCAGUCCUUUGGAUGAGGACAAUAGCUCCUAUAGGGCUUCUGCUUGAAAGGUGCUACCCCAGGGGGUUCUCACUUGAUCACCUGUGGGUGACUGGGUCCUAAAUGGAAGUCAAGGUUUGUACCCGAUGCCUUUGCCAUAUGCAUCAUCAGGCCUCGUGGCUCUCUGAUAAUUUUGGGCACCUAUUCUUCUGAAUUAGUGGUCAUGUCACUGCUUAAAGUUGGGAUAAUGAUCCCCCCUUUCUCUUCCACACCCAUAUCCUCAGCAUCCUGAAGAAGCUUACAUAACAGGGACUGUGGGAAAUUUAAUUUCCUCAGGGUGCUUGAUGUCUGCUCAGGCAAAGGCCAACAUGUGGUAAGAAGGAAGGGAAAGGGAGGAGGGAUACACCUGCCAUUGUUAAAUCUGCUGCACCCAUAAAGAAAAGGGGGGCAAUAAGUAAAUGGAUGUAGGUGAGUAAUUGAACUGGACAUGGGAGAGAGAGAUAAGAGUUCUUCUCUGGGUAAUAUUACAAACUGAGCCAGAGGGGAACUAUGCCAUAAUUGUAUGGGUUUGUACUGCUCACCUUGGGUCAAAGGCAGGCAUUAGGAUUUCCUGAAGUAUAUUCAGAGCCAAAAUAUAUUAUGAACCUCAGUGAGAUCACUAGUUCUCGAACAAGAUUGUUCUGACUCUAAAAACAGAAGGAACAACACUGCCUUCUUCAGAACAUCCUAAAAGUUAAACUUUGUUUUUUACCCAUGUUUUAUCUCCUGCUACAGCCCAUGACUUAUUGUAUGGAAUAGAAAUUGUUUAUGUAUAUUAUAUUAAUGUUUAUUUAUAUUUUAUAAUUUUACCUGUUGUAAAUUUCCUAAGCAUGGUGCUGCAGCAGAAAGGUGGGGUAUGAAUAUUUUAAGUUAAUAAAUACCUCCACAUUCUCAUUUAGUUUUUAUAAAGGCCCAAUUGAAUCCCAACCCUGGGCCCUUUAUGCACACUUAUGCGUGGCUGUCAUCACGUUUAAAACAGAUCCCUACUUCCUCCUUGUUUAGAAUUAGCAUGCUGGUGCAGUAUGCAUCUAUGCCAUGAUUUCCUGGUAUACACAGGAAUCACCAACCCACCUUGUGAGCAAAAAGCCGCACCUAACCUCAUAUUGAAAACAUUUUUUGACAUGCCCAGGCGAAGGGAUGUAGCUCAGUGACAGAGCAUCUGCUUUGCAUGCAGGAGGUCUGCAGUUCAAUCCCUGGCAUCUUCAAGUAGGACCAGAAGAGAUCCCUGCCUGAAACCCCGGAGAGAUGCUGCCAGUUAAUGUAGACAGUAUUGAGCUAGAUGGACCAGUGAUUUGACUCAGCAUAAGGCAGCUUCACAUGUCCCUCUGUUAUAUUUAAACCAAGCAUGAUAGUUGGUCCCAUCUGUUUGAGAAUGACCCUUGUAGCUGUCCUCUAGCUAUGCUAAUGAGGAAUUAUAGGCUCUUUUCAGCCUUUGUGGACAAUGCCACAAAGACAGGGAACACAAAUUAUUUUUUUAGAAGUGCUUUUUUAAAAUUUGAGACUAUCUGUUAUGGUUAGUGUGCUGCUGCCUUCACAAAAGGGCAGAACCCAGAGCUCCAAUAGCAGGGACUGAACUGUACAAAGACGUCUUACUGUUUAUCUGGGUAAGCUAUUCAGCUUUCCCAUUAGGGAUGGCACUGAAAACCAUAUAUGAAUGAGUACUGCUGCCCCUUGGACUACAGAUGUCUCUGCAUGAAACAUCAACAGCAAAUGGCUUUGUGAAUAUCCUCAAACUGAGCAUUCACUCCCAUCAGGAACAGCAAACAGUUGCUGGGCUGCAAAUCCAUUCGGAUCUUGCAGUGAAAGGAAGCUAUUCUUCGGCGUGAAAGGCGUCAGGAAGAAGGGAAUGUCAAUAUUAGCCUUUCUUUUAUGAAAAGAAUCUUCCUAUGCAAAUGUCAGGCGUAUGCUUCAACCUGCCAAAGUCCUAGCACAGCACAAUGGCCUUUAUAGCUUGGGAGCCAAUCCAAGAGACCUGCCUGCUGCAGUGGCAAGGGAACCCUGGAAAUGAGGCGGCCAUCGCAUUUCCCUCACAGUUGUGUGUGUCACUGGUUUUGUGAAGAUGAAUGGGACUAAGGAGAUGUGUGGAGGAAAAUGAGGGGUGUAGGACUUGUAAGCGCACACGACAAGAAUGAAUUAGCGAGAUCAAAAUGUAAUGGAUCAGGAGGCCUGGAGUUGGUCCUUGAUGGAUGUAAUUGUCAUGGAUGUAAUUGUCCAUGAUUAAAAACCUCCCUAAUGAGAGGCAUACAUUUUUUUAAAAAACCUGUAGUUAAGACUAGGGGGAUGGUGCAGAAUGCCUUAGAUUUGACAGCCUGUGGUGUCUUUGGCUGUCUUGCAGAAUUCACGUUUGAAAUGGGUAGGAAGCCAAGCCUCUCUUGGCAAGCCACAUCUCAGGUUCUCCUAAACCUGUAGUGCCAGAGGGACUACAGUAUUUACAACACAGCUUGUCAAUGGAAAAGAAACCCAACAUGAAGUGAGAGAAGAGAGACUUUGUGCUGGCCAUUAUGCAAUGGCUUUUUACACCUUCCUAGCUCGACUCUCCAGGCGCUGUUUCCAGAGAAAGAACUGUGAGGGGAGAGAGACUUUGUCAUCAUGGCGUCAUUGGUUUUACCUGUGCUGCCCCACCACCAGCCCAAGGAACCUUCAGAAGGAAGGUUGCCAUGGACAUUAUGGACAUUAUGUAUAUGUGUGCCUUUUAAUGAACUCGAUAGAGUGAAAGAUUGUGAGUCAUGGGGGUGGGGAGAGUGUUGUAUGGAUGUGGCAGUGCUUGAUUUAUUUUUUGGUUGCUAUUUUCCUAAUGUUGUUGGUGUUGCUUUAUAGUUUAUGAAUGCUGCAGUACUUUGUGAAUCCUAUAAUAUGACAUGUGCUGCAAUUGUGCUGUUUAGCUUAUUUUUUUAUAUGUUUUGUGAGGGUGCUUUAUGGGUUGCCAUUGCUUUACUGACGAUUUGUGCUGUAUUUGUGAUGUUCUACUUUGCUCUACUUAUUCAUUGUUUGUAAGCUGCUUUGUGAUUCGUUUGAAUGGAAAGCAACAUAGAAAUAUAAUGAAUCACAUCAACCCAGGUAGGCAGAAUGCAUCUGUUGUCUACUAUUAGCCAUGAUGGCUCUACUCUGCAUCUAUGGUUUGAGGUGACAAUGCUUUCGAAUACCACUUGCUGGAAACCACAGGAGGGCAGAGUGCUCUUGUGCUUGAAUCCUGCUUGCUGGUUUCCCAUAGGCGGAAAUUGUGAGAACAAGAUCCUGGACUAGAUGAGCCAUUGACCUGAUCCAACAGGAACUUCUUAUGUAUCUCAGGGUCGUGGGUUUGAGCGCCAUGUGGUUGAAAUAUUCCUGCAUAGCAGGGAGUUGGGCUAGAAUGAUCCUGGUCCCUUCCAGCUCUACAAUUCUAUGAUUCUCAGGAUAGGUUUUGCAGGAAAUGUGGUCACAUGGAGAAGCCUUAGGCUUCAGGAUGUGACACUAAUAGAUGCCUAUGUUCUUGAACAUUACAGAUGAAGUGGUUGCUUAGCAGAAUAAAAUGCUUAGGAUCAGAUGAUUUACAAGACCCUGUAUUUUAUCUCAGUAGUAAAUACCUAAUUCAGGGAUGGGCUCUCCAGAUGUUGUUGGACUCCAUCAGCCCCAGUCAGCAUGGCCAAUGGUCAGGGAUGGAUGGGAGUUGUGGGCCAGCAACAUCUGGAAGACCACAGGUUCCCUGUCCCUGACCUAAUUGAUCACAGGUGUUGUUUGUUGUUAGAGAAGAGUUGAGAUGCUUAAAUGAAUAACCCAGCAUUUUCCAGCAGCAGCAGCAGCAUUGUCUGUGCUCAAGGCAUGAAAGCACACAGCAGACAACUGAUCCCACAGUGAUGUGUGGCCACUGUUUAGGAACAAAUAGAUAAUAAACAAUAAAGGGAGCAGACAUCCUAGCAUUUUCCUCUUUUGGCUUAUCAGUGUAUUUGUUAACAGUUUUCACUGCUCACCGAAUUGGAUAAACUUGUAACAAUCUCCUGAAACUAAUUAAGAAACAGCUUAACCCAAUUCAGAGUAUUUUAAUGGGCUUUCUACUGCAUGCAUAUGUUUCCAACUCCAAGCUCAGUGCAGGAUAUUCCAAUGAAGAUGAAAUAUUGUGCAGCUAUAACUAGCAGACCCCAAGUUUAGCACAUUGUUUUUCAGAGGGAGAGAAUGACAGCUCAGAUCAGUCUUGCCUGCCAGCCCUCUUUGUGGGCAAAAGCCUUUGGUGAAAGCUGAUGAUGUCCAUCCCCAGUGAUGUUACUGAAGUAACUGAGUGGCAUAUAUUCAGGAGUUAACUUGCAACCACUGAAAAAGAAAUUCUGUCUCUAACGUCUGGUGAGAUAGGCCUAAAAUAAAUCUUCAAAUACAAAGAAAAGAAGCCACCCUAUUUGCAUGUUUUUGCAUAAUUUUGCUGGAGUUGCUCACAGAGUACACUUUCCUCUCGCAGUAGGAGCAGUAUCCAGGUUCUCUUUGAUCAGAGUCUUCAGAUUGUCAAUAAAGCACAGCAUCAAGGCACAAGUGCCGAGGGACUUGUGGCACAGAGGAACACCCGCCCUUGAAUAAAUCUUGCUUCCCAGAUCCCCUGCAAAGAGCUCACAGCUGCAAUUUGGUGGAAAAAUAUGUUGCACCACCUGUUUUUCCAUAGCCUGCACCUGCCACAAACAGCAUGCAUUGCACCAGACAUUAAAGACCAUGGCUGUAAGCUUCUGACCUUCCCAAUAAUUCAGUCCUCACAUCCCCUCCAGCUUUCAACUGAGGAGAAUAAGCUAGUCUUACACUGUGGGAACAAGGAGGCGGGGUUUGACUGUGAUAAUGAAAAAGCCAAAUGUAACUUCUAAAGGAGCUGGCAGCAGGCUGCACUUCAAAAUGUGUUUCCUUACCCUCCAAGAAGCAUAAGCAAUACAUGAGCAUAUUUCCAUUGCACACAGCUUCUUAUUCCCCCAAUGCUUGUUGUUUUCAGAUUUUACUGUUUAAUUUUUUAUUAAAAUUUCUUCAACCUACAACAUCAAGACGAUCCUUUAAUCCCUACUCCCCUUAACACAUAUAUGCAUAUAGUCUUUCAUAUCUUGCACAUAAAAUCACAUGCACAUUUUUAACAACAAGCUGUCAGCUAUAAUUCCAGUGGCAAUUCAGUGACUGCACAUUCGAGGGUUCAUGUCUCACGUUAUUUUAGGUGCAUGAGCAGUGCUUUUUUUUCUUAAAAAAGAGGUGCCAGAACUCACCAUUUACACCUCCCUUAUUCUCUUAUAAUGGCAAUGGCACCCACCUGAGACGUGCCAGAACCGAGUUCCAGUGAGUUCCAGCUGGAAAAGAUCCCUCUGCAUGAGGCAGGGAAGAAGCACCCACCCACUGACAUCUCCAUCUACCUCAAAAGUUGUCUUUCUGCCCAGUUCUCUGGGUUUUCUGGGGUCCCAUGCACCUCCUAAAUGUUAGGGGGAAGGACCAGUGGCAAGUAGUACACAGUCCCAGUCAGGCAGAAAUCAAGAUCUGGAGCAGCAAGCAAAGAUCAGAGGAGCUAGAGGCAGGUAAGUAAGUUACCUCACAUAGAAUUGUUGUGGGGAUAAAGUGGGGGGCAUGCACAUGGCCCCGAGCCCUUUGGAGAAAGGAUGGGACAAUAUAGGUCAGAGGUGGCUAAACCUUACGAUAUUCCAGAUGUUAAUAUUCCAGAUGUUAAUAAUUAUGUUAAUAAUAAUAAAAUAAUAUAAUAAUAAAUUUUUAUUUAUACCUCGCCCUUCCUGGUUCAGGAAACCGGGCUCAGGGCGGCUAACAACAAAUUUAAAACACUUAAUUGAUGCUACCAAAAAAAAAAACACAACAGCAUAAAAUACGAUAUAAAACGUAAAUAACAAUAAAAUCAAAAAUCAAUUUAGGGGGGAAAUCCAUCCAGUAAACAUCAGGUGAUCACCAGGGCUAGCUGGCUAAUUUAGUCCCACUUGGGCCAGCGAGGAGACCAGGGGAGAACCAGCUGUGGGAUCCCAGAGCGGGCAAUCUUCACAAAAAGGGGAGGGGGGAAGGAAGGAAGGGGAACAAAAGAUCAGGCCAGGUUCAAAUUGAAAGCCAGGCGGAAUAGUUCUGUCUUACAGGCCCUGCGGAAGGAAGUUAAAUAUUGCAGGGCCCUGGUCUUAUGGGACAGAGCAUUCCACCAGGUCGGAGCCAUCACUGAGAAGGCCCUGGCGGAGGAUAAUCUAACUUCCUUAUGGCCCAGGACCUCUAAACUAUGAUUAUUCAUGGACCUUAAGGUCCUCUGUGGGGCAUACCAGGAGAGGCGGUCCCGUAAUGAUGGACUCCAUCUCCCAUCAACUCCAGUCACCGUGGCCAACUGUCAGGGAUGAUAUGAGCUGUAACCCAGCAACUUUUGGUGGGCCACAGGUUGGCUGCCCUUGGCUCUUACAAUAAUAAACUUUCAAUUGUGAAGAGAAAGCACAGUUGAGAGAUGGCUCAGAAUCCACACAAAGUGCCAGGUUAUUAUGGCUAGUUAUGUUAAUGGUGUGGUUCUAAGUAGACCCUCGUGAGCAUUUUUACAGUAACCUCGCUCCUCUCCCUGGGGGACAUUUUAUUCCCUCAGAAGUGCCACAUAGCAGGCUUGGAGAUUUAAUGCUGUGCAAUCAAUGGCAGGACUGGGAGCAAAUGGAUUCCGUUGAGAAAGCAGGAGAUGUUGUCUCAGUUAAUAAGAUAACAAUUUAACAUCUUUCCCUCCCUGCUUUUUCCUUACUCCCCACUUUAAACAGACUACCAAAUAUUCAGAGUUGCCUUUAAGUAAUUUAGUGGAAAGGCUGCUAUGAUUUCAAAUUCCCAUCUGCCCUGCUUCCCAUCCAGCGAUGUUUCUUGUCACCAGCUAACAGCAUUUAAAAUAUUUACAGCCCUGCCUUUGCCCUGGGGAAGGAUCCAAAUAAAUCAUGUUUGCCGACCAUAAAUCAAAAAUUAAUCUCCCGAAAGCGCGAUGCCUGUCCGAUCCCUCAAAUAACAAGCAGCAGAAUUUAUCAAGUAAAUUGGUGCUGGUGUCUCACUGGUGCCACUGUGGGGUGUAAUGGAUGGGGCGAAAGGGCAGGCGGCACAGCCAAACCAAGGUGCUUAGACGGUAAGAGAAAAAUGGACAGGCAUGGAAAUUAGCAUCAUUAAAAUGCCACCUUACAUCUUUGCCAGCGUAACCUUCAUUCAUCUCCCUCCUUUCAGGGAGUCGUUUUUCACCAUUCUCCAUUCCCAUUCCCGAUCCUUCCUCUUUGAAAUAUUUGUCUUUACUUUGGUUUAAAGGACAGCAGCUCAGCAAACAAAAAAAUUCUCUCUGUCCUAUAUGUUAACGACCAUUUUCAAUAUGCAUUGUUGAGAAGGGGAGAAACUACGCCAGCUCAGUGGGAUGUGUUUCAAAAUUCUUUCAGUCAGGCCAAUCUCAGUGCAUUGUGGGACUUGUAGUUCCAGCCUCGUUUCCUUCUCCUAAGUCUUCUCCUAAACCAGUUCCCGGCAUGUAGUGUGUCAACUCAGCAAGUGUGCCCAAGUUGAAAAGGUGUUUGUGUGUGUGAUAUAUAAAAUUAAAAUAGUUCCUGAUACAACAUGCCCACUUAAAACUACUCUUCUCCACAGAAGGUGUGGAAUGUGUUGUGAUUGUUUUCCCACUGGAUAUGGACAUCCAACAUGUUGGUGACUGGAAAUCACAUAUAUAAAUAUCAGACUUCAUCAGCUUUGUGCUGACAGUUUUUGUUUCCUUUUACUAUAAUUUCCAUCAGCCCCAUCCAGCAUGUCCAAUGGCCAGGGAAAUGGUAGUCCAAUACAUCUCAGGGCACCAGGUUGCCAAAACCAUACCAGACCUGCUUAGCUUUGCAAAUGUGCUUGUAGUUUUAUUGCUGCACGACUAGGAGCCUAGGCUGCUCUGGCUAACCUUUCUGCCAAUUUUGAUGUUCAGGCUAGAAAUGUUGAUUUGAAAGCCAUAUGCAGAAUACAGGAGGGGUGGGGGCUUUACUUUGCAGUCUGUCUGUAAUGAGCCUAUAUGUUUCCAGAUACAGCCUCUGUCCCAGGUGGACCAUGAGACAGCCUGAUGUACUAACAGGUACUUAGUGAUAAUAGCUCCUGUGAUAUUAAGAUCAUCAGCCAUUAUGAUCCAUGCAACUGGCCUCAUAUACAAUGCAGGGCUAACCAGAGGGAGACAUCUGCCAGAUUUUUGCGGCAAGUUGUCAUUUAGGUGGUCCCCAAUAAAAAUCUGCAUCUAGUCACUCCGGAGUUAGCACAAGAAUCUGAGUCCGCCUCUGCAUGCUGCUUAUUGGAAUGGGUGAUGAAGCACAGGAGAGGUGUAGGCAUGGGCAGUUCUUUUACAGUACUUGACCUAACGAUAAUCACUGCCUUGAACUAGGAUUAUUAGUCUUUCACUUCGCUGAGUGUCUUGAUAGACUCACACAGAGCAACUCUUGACAGUACGACCCUGCUCUGUCAGUCAGCGUAGGCCGGUUUAUAAGCCUGAUGAAGCCAUUUGAUUGAGCCAGCCAGCAUUUCCCUUUAAUCAUUCUGCCUUGGGUACUAUUAGUAAAAAGAAAGUAAAAAGUCCAGAUUUAAAGGACUUUAAAGUUCACUAAUAGGGUGGGUUUGUGUUCUACUUUAAGAAGUUCUCUUUUGGAAGUGCUGCCAGAAAACAAUUCUCCAUGUGAAGGAGUCCUCUAUCUGAAAGGCUACCUGGUCCAAGUUUUGGUUUAAAGAAAGAAAAUCAACCCAUAACACAUGCCUGCAGGCUUGUUUUUAUACAAACUGAAAUGCAAAUAACUAAAUUAGUUGUAAUUCAUAUCUUUAAUUUGUCUGAUGGUGGUUUGUGUGUGAACAUACUUAUUGCAGAGUAAGGGCAUCCUGUUUUGAUUUAGCUUAAUAGUCUGAAAGCAUUGGCUAUAAUUAACAUAAAAGGGAGUCUUCAUUGAAGCUGCCGGGUUCUGGCAGUCUUUGCCGUUCUUUCUAGCUAUACAGCUCUCAAAAUGUUAAGAUCUGUCAAUAUCCGAACAAAGAGUCCCUUUCAGGCUGGAUGGCACUGUGGGUCAAUUUGUUUGCAUACAUGUGGAGCCGAACCAUAUACCCCCAUUUUUGCAAGGAGAAAAAUCCCAAUUCUGCACAAUUUAGGCAAAUUUGCAGAAAUGAGUUAACAGUUUAUCCUAGUUGCUAUGUGUAGGGUGUUUGCAAUGUUAAAUAAGUUGGCAUUGAUCCUGGGAACAAAAGGAAAGGAAGAAUGAAAAAAAAAAUCAUGUUGAGAGCUCAUGUAUAUAUAAGAAACAGGCAGAAAGACCAGAGAGCAGGGAUUUCCAGUUUGUGUGCCAGCACACAUUACUGUGUCAUCAUGACAGAGUGUGCUUUCAAAAUGAAGCUGGAUACAUUACCACCCUCUAUCCAUUGGAGUGAAAGGCAUUGUGGAUCACUGGCUACCCCUUCCCUCCAUUUUAUAACUAGUCAUUACUUCCAGGAGGGAGCAGGGAUAUCAUGGGAUCCCCCAGUGCACCCUAUACUACAUUUGAGAAGUUGAGUAGAGGGAUACAAGGAACUUCAAAAUUUCCCUUCAAACAGGGCCAACUUUGUGGACCAACUUUGACAGGUGUCAUCUUACAUCAUUGGGACACCAUCAGCUGCAAAGGGGCUCACUCCCACCACUGACCGGUUGACCCUAGGUAGCAGAAGCUUUAGGUACACUGGAAGCAGUAAGUAGCAGAGCAGAAAGGGAAUGCAAGGGAAUGCUCUUUAAGAACCAGAAUGGUGAUGGCAACUGUCGGAGCACUAGGGUAAUUGAUGGGCCCUACUCCCGUGGCAAAUGAAAUAAUUGGUAGUGUCAUGGGUUUGCAGGGGGCAAGGAUCCUCCAAACUUCCUGGGUGCCAGGUUCUCCCCAUAAUUUCUGAAAUUAGUAAAUGUAGGUUUUGAAGUCAAGUCAGCUUUCUCAGGAGUAAGUGCCUGGAACCCCUGGAAUCUCACACCACUUGGAGACUGGAGUGGCAUGGAACAAUAUUAAUGUAGAGGAAAGAUGAGGCCAACUUACUAUUCUAUGACUGUUAGCUGAUCCCAAUAAAUUUGGUAUUAAGCUAUGUACUUACACGUAGCAUAGUAUUUACAAAUAUAAACAUAAAGAGCUUAUACUGAAUCAGAUCACUGAUCCAUAUAACCAGAAUAGGAUUGUCUACUCUGAGAGGCUGUGGAUCUCCAAAGUCUUAGGCAGCAGUCCCUUUUGAGCUCUGCUACCCAACAUCCUUUUGACUGGAGAAGCAAGGGAUUGAACCUGGAUGCAAAUGAAAAGCAAGUGCUCUACCAGUGAGCUACACAGCUAAUUGGAAUUGCCUUCCAAGUCAUAUGGUACAUGGGGUAUAUCAUAUUUAAUUACUUCCUGUAUGAUAUAUUGAGCCACCAUUGUGUUUCCACAGAAAAAUGACUCAGAUAUCCAUUUUUAGCAGACUGAACUAGAUGGAGGUGGCCUUUUGCAAUGGCACUGAGCAGAACUUUGCCCUAUGAUUUUCAGAGACGUACUUACUGUAAUGAAGGCAAACAAUGACAAUAAGUUGUUCACUUCAGAUAAAGAAAAGCUUGUACAUAAACAAAACCUAUGCUUAAUAGCAGCAUGAAGUGCAGUGAUGCGGGGAAAUGGAACAACAAUAUUAUUGUAAUGAGCCUAUUUUUAAAUUUUUCAAAUCUUCAACCUGCAGAGUUUUUCCUUCGAUUCUAGUCUCAUUCUAAUACCAACUCUCUGGGAAAUGCCAAUGUCUUCUUGGGUAAUGUUGCUUAGGAGCUGAUUUCCCAAAGAAAGAAUGACCUGAGGAAGGAGAAGCAAGAAAAAUGGAUGAAAUGGGUUUGCAAUUCCUGAGUUUGUCAGAAAGCAAAGAGCUAAAAUUGGUGCCUGCUGCCUGACAUGCAGAAAGGAUCCCGAGGCUGCAGCACAAUUACUCUUCAAAAUACAUUGAUGUUUAUCCUGUAGCAAUCUUCUAUAAUUACUCUGACAGUACCUGACAGCCCCAUGCCAUCAGCUGAAGGAACAAAGUCAGAGCCAGCUGAUGUGUUGAUGUUGCUGGAUUGCUGCUGUCUGCUUGAUUCUGCCCCCCUCCCCAUCUAAAAGCAUCUUUCUACAAAUUUCUAAUUUGUUUACUACUUCUUUUUUGGUGGUGAGUCUGAGCCGAGAUUUUGAUUUUAUUUCUUUUGGCAUGUGGAUUUGGAGUUUGAAUAAGGAACUAGAUGUCACAUACAAGGGUGGGAUUUUUCUGCUUUCACUUUUGCUCAUAUACUAUGGAAUAUAAUUAUCACGCAGACCUGGGGAGAUCUUGUUCCAGUUGAAUUUCCACUUUGCCAAGUGCCCAGCACUUCCUGAUGUGUGAAAUGUACAGGAGCAUUCAUAUCCUUGUUAUCUGCGAGAAUUUUGCAGCAAUCCAAGUUUUUAGUGUGUUGAGAACAUGAUGGUGCAUGUUCAGAGCAAUAAUUCCAGUGUGAAGUAGCGGACAGACUUCUGGAUUGACUGGGGACUUCUCAAGAGACCUUGUUCAACUCCCCACUCCAUGACAUUAAUCAUAGAAUCAUAGAGUUGGAAGAGACCACAAGGGCCAUCGAGUCCAACCCCCUGCCAAGCAGGAAACACCAUCAGAGCACUCCUGACAUAUGGUUGUCAAGCCUCUGCUUAAAGACCUCCAAAGAAGGAGACUCCACCACACUCCUUGGCAGCAAAUUCCACUGUCGAACAGCUCUUACUGUCAGGAAGUUCUUCCUAAUGUUUAGGUGGAAUCUUCUUUCUUGUAGUUUGGAUCCAUUGCUCCGUGUCCGCUUCUCUGGAGCAGCAGAAAACAACCUUUCUCCCUCCUCUAUGUGACAUCCUUUUAUAUAUUUGAACAUGGCUAUCAUAUCACCCCUUAACCUCCUCUUCUCCAGGCUAAACAUGCCCAGCUCCCUUAGCCGUUCCUCAUAAGGCAUCGUUUCCAGGCCUUUGACCAUUUUGGUUGCCCUCCUCUGGACACGUUCCAGUUUGUCAGUGUCCUUCUUGAACUGUGGUGCCCAGAACUGGACACAGUACUCCAGGUGAGGUCUGACCAGAGCAGAAUACAGUGGCACUAUUACUUCCCUUGAUCUAGAUGCUAUACUCCUAUUGAUGCAGCCCAGAAUUGCAUUGGCUUUUUUAGCUGCCGCGUCACACUGUUGGCUCAUGUCAAGUUUGUGGUCAACCAAGACUCCUAGAUCCUUUUCACAUGUACUGCUCUCAAGCCAGGUGUCCCCCAUCUUGUAUUUGUGCCUCUCAUUUUUUUGCCCAAGUGCAAUACUUUACAUUUCUCCCUGUUAAAAUUCAUCUUGUUUGUUUUGGCCCAGUUCUCUAAUCUGUCAAGGUCGUUUUGAAGUGUGAUCCUGUCCUCUGGGGUGUUAGUCACCCCUCCCAGUUUGGUGUCAUCUGCAAAUUUGAUCAGGAUGCCCUUGAGUCCAUCAUCCAAGUCGUUGAUAAAGAUGUUGAAUAAGACCGGGCCCAAGACAGAACCCUGUGGCACCCCACUAGUCACUCUUCUCCAGGAUGAAGAGGAACCAUUGAUGAACACCCUUUGGGUUCGGUCAGUCAGCCAGUUACAAAUCCACUGAGUGGUAGCAUAGUCAAGACCGCAUUUUACCAGCUUCUUUACAAGAAUAUCAUGGGGCACCUUGUCAAAUGCCUUGCUGAAAUCAAGGUAGGCUACAUCCACUGCAUUCCCUUCAUCUACCAGGCUUGUAAUUCUGUCAAAAACGAGAUCAGGUUAGUCUGACAUGACUUAUUUUUCAGAAAUCCAUGCUGACUAUUGGUGAUCACAGCAUUCCUUUCUAGGUGCUCACAGACUGUUUGCUUAAUGAUCUGCUUCAGAAUCUUCCCUGGUAUUGAUGUCAGACUGACUGGGCGGUAAUUAUUUGGGUCCUCUCUUUCCCCCUUUUUGAAAAUAGGGACAACAUUUGCCCUCCUCCAGUCUGCCGGGACUUCGCCUGUUCUCCAGGAAUUCUCAAAGAUGACUGCCAGUGGUUCUGAGAUCACAUCUGCCAGUUCUUUUAAUACUCUUGGAUGCAGUUCGUCUGGCCCUGGAGACUUGAAUACAUCUAAACUAGCCAAGUAUUCUUGUACUAUCUCCUUAGUUAUUCUGGGCUGUGUUUCCUUUGCUGAAUCAUUUGCUCCAAAUUCUUCAGGUCGGGCAUUGUUUUCUUUAUCGGAGAAGACUGAGGCAAAGAAGGCAUUGAGGAGUUCAGCCCUUACUGUGUCCCCUGUUUGCAUUUCACCAUCUUCUCCUCUGAGUGACCCCACUGUUUCUUUGUUCUUCCUUUUGCUACGAACAUACCCAUAAAAGCCUUUUUUGUUGCUUUUAACCUCUCUAGCAAGCCUGAGUUCAUUCUGUGCUUUAGCUUUUCUGACUUUGUGUCUACACGUGCUGGCUAUUCGUUUGAAUUCCUCUUUGGUGGUUUCCCCACAUUAAGAAAGUGCCCUUGCACAUGUUGCUAUAUUUCAGCCUAAGCUACAUCACAGGGCUGUUAUGAGCAUAAAGGGGAUAGCCCUGGGUGUGCUGCCUAUCCUUGGAAGAAAGGUGGAAUGCAAAUGUGUUGGUUUUUUUGUUUUUUUUAAGUACUGACAUAUUUUAUUUCCAAUAAUUUGACCCUACAUUAUGUAGUGAAUUGCCAAUUGUUUUUCAAACUAUGCAUCAAAACUUGGUUAACUGCUAGAAGAACUGAUCAUGCACAUUUUGAACAGUGGCUAUUUGAAUCCAGAUUCAGGCUUGAAUUCUGAAUCUGUAUACAUUAUGGGGCCACUCCGGUGAAGUCCAGCUUCCACAGCCAAAGCUGGUGUCUAUCGGCUCAGCUCCAGUGAAGUUUACAAAUCUAGGUCAGUAAAAAUCAGCUAAGCAUCAGUCCCUCUUUCUCCCUCCUCUUGCAAUUUUAAAUGCAUCGAAUCUGUGCAUGUGAACCAUGCUGUGCAAUGACAUGACUGCUUGCUAUGCUUGUCAAAUGUCACCUACACUAUUUUUUUUUUAAAAAAACCAUCCAUACUCUAUAUUCAAUGACACUAACAAAUCUGCUGAAAGGAAACAAGUGGGCUGAAUUGUUAGAGUUGUAUGCAGGGCAGGUACACCAGGUAAGUGCAGGGUAGGCAGAGAUAGUCUGUAAGAAGCAUCUCCCUUCAUUAGGUUGACAUUCAUUUCCACCUCUUUCUCGCACAUAGGGGCUAAAGUGCAAAUGUAUUACGUGCCCCAGCCUCAGGUUUCCCUUCUGUAUCCAAGGUGAUUUGAGGAGUGUGAUAUUUUCAAUUUUCUUCUUUGUUCUCCAAAGCUCCCUUCCUUUGCUGAGUGGAGUUGAUGUCAGUUUCCUUUGCUUCCUUUUGUCACCUUCGUCUUCUUCAUCUUCCUCACUUGCCAUUGCCCUUUCCCUUCUCCAAAUAACUUUGUAUUGCUUUCAUGGUGCCAGCCGGAUGCUCCAUCACUUUAGAUAACCCUGGCUUACAGGCAAUUUUAACUUUGUACAGGAGGCUGGUUCCUACACACAUCCACACAGCCCUCUCGAUCCUCUACCCAGGCAAGCAAAAUGCAAUAGGAGAGUUCAAGGACACAUUCCAGCUAGGCCAAAUCACCCAAGGAUGGUGCAAAACAGGGCUGGUGAAGGGGCUGGACUGGGAAGAGAGGAUGGUAGGUGGUUUGGGAAGGGGAACAGGUAAAUAGACUUGGAUGGCUGCCUUUCACCCCUGGUUCUGAGGUUCCCCACUGCUGCUCCAUUGUCAUGUUUCUUCAGUGUCCAUGCUGAGCAAGAGGCUGGGGCUGGGCAGGGUACCAGUGAAGUCAGGCUGAACAGCUGCACGGUCAGAGCCAGCCCAACACUCCCACCUGUGCACUCAUGCUAUUCUAACCUCAUUAGCAUCCCAAGCCCAUCCAGGUAAGCUGCAGCAACACUGAUGUUGAGAAGGCAGCUCUAUGGCCCCCACCCCACAGGCCACUAUUUCAUAUAUAUAGUAUCUUAUUGCCUAUUCAUAUAUUUUCAAUAUCUGUCACCUUUCCAUAAUUUAGUGUGAUUUAGGGGCUUGCAUGCAUGAGCCAUAUUGAGGGUUGUCCCUACCAUCAGGCAGAGUGUGGCAAGCACCUCAGGUAGCAUUCUACUCUGUUGCAGGACAGAAAUGUGUUUGCAUGUCCUGCACUCACUAAACUAGCCUGCUGCCCGCUGGUGCCUGCAGGACAUUAUCUCAUUGCUAGUGUUCAGCUGCCAGUCUAGUCAGCUUUUGUAUGUGGAAUGGAGGUGGGGGGAGGGUCUUAUUAUUUGUCUCAGAUAGCAAAAUAUCCCGGGCUGGCCCUGGUCAUAUAUUUUUUUGGGGGGGGGGGGUUGGAAGUGCCGUAUAUAUUUUGAAAGCCCAACUACCUGAUGUUUCAUGCUCUCUCAUGUCUCAUUUGGUGGGUUAAGUUUUCUGAAAGAGCAGUUUGCCACAAUUUGUCCUGUCAGCCUUCAGGGGGAAUAGCAGUAGCUAAUUUCAAGCAGCCCUGAGGAUUUCUCAGCAAAGAAGGUAGAGGCCCUGGGACUCAUCUAUACAGCAAAAUGAAUUCAAAUGAAGUGCAAAUGUGAAUUUAAAACUUAAGUAAACGCCUGCAUGUUAAAACUUUAAUCUCUGAAUAAUAAUAUUUGUCUUCUGGGAAGCAGAGUUAAGAAGGCAACAGAAAGAGACACUUGAUUUCACUUGUGUGAGCCCAGAGAGAUUUCGUCUGGGUUGUGAAAUUGGGUUAAAUUGACAUGGAACAUCUCGCUAUACAGGCAGACAAUUCUUCCUUCAUUCUCACAGGACGUACUGGACAUAGGCCUUAGGUGGUUUACUUUCCACAUGCAGCAUGACAACUCAAGCUGCUUUGAGUGUCUCAUGUGAUGUUUGUGGGUACAGAAGAAUGUUGCUAAUGUGGGACAGAAAGCAGAAGUGAACCAUUCUGCAAUCAGAUCUACAUUUUAGCUAAUGUAGGGCUUGCCUGCAUUCACAUUCUAGAAAUAAGGAAAGCAUACCCCCCCCAAUUGUCUUGUUUUAAAUGGGACAUCCAUAAACACAGAAGCCAAUCCCAGCUUCGGUUUGCAUCCUAGAAUGUCCCAGUUUUCGGAGAGCUCUGGUGCUCCAGACCAAAAGAAGCUCACUCUGGUGUGAGUCAGCACUGGAGCGCCAGACCGGAAGGUGCUCUGGUAUGGCCCUGCUAAAUUAGCAACAGAGCGCCUUCCGUUCCCGUGCUGUGACCCUUGUCAGCAGGGCACGCCAAAGUGCCAAGGGUCCAGGGCUCUGGCCAACCCUGCAGGGUUUGAAGGAAAACAAAUAUGAAUUGGCCCCACCCCAUAGUUUGACUAAUCACACCUAGGAGUGGCUAAGAGCUAGAUGGAUUCAUAGAUCUUUUUAAAAAAGUAUAGACUCACAGACACUGGUCAGCUUCCAUUUUGACUUUAAAUGUUCAUUUUUGAAUUCUAAGAAGUACACAGAGGCAAGAAGUGGACAGGGAGCGUGCCAGCCCAUAAUGGUGCCCAGCUGAGAGGUGCUGGAACUGUGCUACAGCGCACUCUAGCUGAAAAAAAGCACUGCUGGUAUUAUUAUUUUUUAAAUCAAAACAAUCUCUCUAAACUUGCAGUUAAUUUUGGCCCAGUAAGGCAUAUUGUCUUGUUUGCUUUGACUGCUGGAGAUGAAAGUGGGAUUAGGAGCUAUGGGACUUUGAGCUUCAUGUACUCUAGAUACAAAGGAAUACAGAGAUGUUGACAGAUACUCUCCCUGGCAAGUGGGUCAUGUGGUGUUGCAGGAUAUAAAGCAAUCAACUGUACAAGAUGUAAUGGGGUCCUCACCAGCCAAAGAAACCCAGCAGCUUUUAUAUUAGCUAUUCCAUCAAUUGUUCCAAGUUUGGGGCUUGCUUCUUUGCCGAAGAAGGGGGAGAGAUAAAAUGCAAACUGAAGGGACAAUGUCUUACGGUCUCAACACCUACAGUGAAAGUUAGCAAGUGAGCUCAGUCCCAAGAUCAAACUGGCAAUUGGCUUAAGGCUAUCACACGCCUCUUUGAUACACAGCACAUUUCUCACACUAAGCAGGGCCAGAUCUUGUCACUGCUAGUCAGAGAAACCUAGAGUGAUGGAGCAAGUAGCUGUGGGUUUAAUCACCAGCGGAAGUUGUUCCUGCCGGGCUGGGACUGAGACUACUAGUACCUCCCAGAGGUAUAGUAAGAAAAGACACCGGUAGUGCAAGGAAUCUUUGGCGAAAGUAAUGUGUCACACACACCCAACAGCUGUUAUUAAUACUGUUUUAUCAACUAAACCCUUGCCGAACGCUACCCAACCGCUUUGCUAGAUUGGAGGUUUAUUAAUAGUAAGUGAAGAUGCUACUUUGGUUGCAGUACAGCCUUCGCAGAAUCAGGUGUCUGGCUGACAAUAAGCUGUUCUGCACCUACUUGUUUGUGCUGUCAGGUUACUGUCUCGGGCAUAACUAAAAUAACACAGCAAACUAUUCUUUGAUCUGUGCUCUUCUUCUACAAAGACAAGAGAGCACAGAAGACUGCACAUUGGGUGCAAUCUAGAAGCACCCAGGAGCGCAAGAAAUGUCAUAGAGCCCAUGUGCUCUCAUAAUACUAGAACUUCAGAGCAUUCCGUGAAGCUGAAUGUGGGAAGAUUCACAACAGACAAAAGAAAGUACUUCUUCACACACUACUAAACUUGGAAUCCACUCCCAUGAGAGGUAGCAAUGGCCACCAACUUGGAUGGCUUUAAAACAGGAUUAGACCAGUUCAUGGAAGAUGAUGGCUAUUAGCCACAGUAGCUAUGCUCUCUUGUCAUUGUUGGAGGCAAUGUGUCUCUGAAUACCAGUCAUCGGGAACGGAAGGAGGGGAAGCGUCUGUUGCACUCAGGUUCUUUAUCUGCUACUCUUAUCUGCUAUUCUAGGGUUGCCAUAUCUUGAAGAGCAAAAAAGAGGACAGCCAGAGCCACUGCCAGCCCAAGCCAAGGAAAAAGGGGUGUGUGCCUCUUUCCCAAGCUUGGGCUGGCAGCAGUUGUGGUGUGAAGAGCAGCCUGAGCCCAAACCCGAAAAACCCAGACAUUUCUUUUAAAAUUUAAAAAUCUGCCCAGAUUGGCAUGUUGGCUCCCCAAAAGAGGACAUGUCCUGGUUUUCCUGGGGAUAUGGCAACCCUAGCUAUUCUUUAUCUGCUAGUCUAACAAUAUACCAGUAAUCUGACUAUCACAAAUCCUUCCCACAUCCCAGCCUACAGCCUUCUUAGAAUGUUCUUUUUGCAGUUGUGUAAGGACGUGGUAUUUCUAGGAAUGAGUUGAAUUUAUCACGGUGAAACUACGUGAGUAAUACGGUCCAUGUGUGUAUUGUGGAGCAGACCUUGUAUGCUGCUUUGUGUGCGUGGCUGGCGAAGGCCUCUGAGAUUACGCAUGCAUAUUUGACACAUCCUUCUGUUUUGCAAAGCUGUGAGAUAGCUACGUGAAUCCCACUCUUCAGAGCUCCAACCCACAAAGAAAGAAACAGCACGCUAAACCAGCAAAUAUGAUAAAUGUUGUGUACUACUAUCAUCACACCUUAUAGAUGCUGCUCGUGGUUGGAGAAUUAACAGAACAACUCUGGUUUUAUGCAGUGUUGCAUUGCCAGUGUGCGUAAUUAAGCUUCUUGACAGGCAACCCCCCCCCCCCCCCGUUCAGUAAGUGGAAUGCUUAUUUCACAGCGCUGCUUUUGGAGCUGCUGUGAACUUUCAGGCAAAGAAAACCAUUGUGAAGGAAAUGCAGCUGUUUUAGCAGUAGGUGCAGGAAGUGUGCCUGGGGGUUGGCAAUGCAACGUUGUGUAGAGAUAACGCUGGCUCAAAGAAGCUCUUCUACCAAUGGCAGCAUGCAAAAGCUGCUGUAAAAUUCCUGUAAUGCACAAUAACUGUGCAUUUUCUAGCUUCACUUGUAAUUUGACUGUUGUGGCUAUGAGAAAUGAUCUCUGAUGGCUAGAAUGGUUAAAAAUGGGGGGGGGGGAGAGAGAGAUUGUCAUUAUACUUCUAUUCCAAAGGGAUAUUCAGAUGACAUAGGAACAGAGGAAGCUGCCUUCCUAGCCCAUCUAGCUCAGUUUUAUCUAUAUUGGCUGACAGUGGCUCUCGAGGGUCUCAGGCAGCAGGUAUCUUCCACACGUAUGUGGAGAUGCAAGGGAUUAAAACUGGGGCCUUCUACAUGCAAGGCAGGGCUCUACCACUACCCUACAGCCCUUCCUUCGGGCAGCUUCCUUCUUAGCUGGAAGCUGCAGCACACAACCAGCAAUGUGGUAUGUAUCCUGUGGAAAAUAUUGGCUUUAAUACCAAAUAAUAAUAACAUUGGGACAUAUCUGCCUCUUCUAAAAGCAGCAGGCCAACCAUCUAGUUGAUGUGAUCUGCUGUCACCCCACCCUGUUGUCCAUCAGGUCAGGUCAGACUGGGCUGGAGCAUCCUGUCUACUGGAAGGACUGGAGGUAACAAAAGUUCAUUCUUUACCACCACUAGUUUAAAGGUAAAGGUAAAGGGACCCCUGACCAUUAGGUCCAGUCGUGACUGACUCUGGGGUUGUGGUGCUCAUCUCGCUUUAUUGGCCGAGGGAGCUGGCGUUUGUCCGCAGACAGCUUCUGGGUCAUGUGGCCAGCAUGACUAAGCUGCUUCUGGCGAACCAGAGCAGCACACGGACACACCGUUUACCUUCCCGCCAGAGGGGUACCUAUUUAUCUACUUGCACUUUGAUGUGCUUUCGAGCUGCUAGGUUGGCAGGAGCUGGGACCGAACAACGGGAGCUCACCCCAUUGCGGGGAUUCGAACCGCCGACCUUCUGAUCGGCAAGUCCUAGGCUCUGUGGUUUAACCCACAGCGCCACCCGCGUCCCACACCACUAGUUUAGGCAUGCAUAUCCAUCAGUGGUUAACUGCAAUUUCAAGGAAUUGCUUUUUUCAAUGCACAAAUGGGCCAUCACAGAUAAAACACCAUAGAAGGAACUUCUGUAUUACGUAACAUCACCUCAAAAGCAAUGAUUUGUCAGUGGAGUCGAUUCACAUAUACAGCAGCCAGCCAGCCAUCAAGUGCUGGAUAUUCAUGUCUUAACCAGACCCCCCAGAAAGGCCCUGCUCUUUGAUCUUCUGUCUCCAAUUCCAUUCCUGUCCCUACUUAUAAAGAGCCAGAUUUGGAGAAAUUAAGUGUGGUCAGGCUAUGCAUUCCAAUGAAAGAAACAGGCUGUCUCUAUGGAAGUGAAUGACGCCUUAUUAAAUAUCAGGCCUGCGGAAUGGAGAUGAACAUUUAUUACUUUGGGGGCAAAUAAAUACAACCAAUUCAGAUUAAUACAAAUGAAACAGUAGCCUCCCCUGGAGCAUUAACAUGAUGGGCUUGUUUUUAUUACUAGUCCUUUUAUUCCCUUCCCCAGCAGCCUCUAAAAGCAGGGAGGGGGGAAAAAAACACUUUGAAGGAAAAAAGCUGUUCCUGCAUUUUCUGCCUGGCGACAUGGCUAUUUCUGCAUUGUCACAAAAAACAAGCACUUGCCUUAAAAGAAAAUGGUGGUGGGGAGAAUGCCGAAUGAUUAGUUACUGUUAAUUAAGGAAUUAAAAGGCUUUGUUGUUGCAUUUUUCAGACAUGGAUAA